AUGAAUUACCUGCGCAGGCGUCUCUCGGACAGCAACUUCAUGGCCAACCUGCCCAACGGCUACAUGACGGACCUGCAGCGCCCGCAGCCCCCUCCGCCGCCCCCCAGCGCCACCUCGCCGUCGCCCGGCAGCGUCUCGCCCGCCGAAAGGCCGCCGUCGGCCCCCAGCCCGGGCGCGGGCAGCAGCGGCGGGGCCGGGGGCUUCUUCUCCUCCCUCUCCAACGCCGUGAAGCAGACGACCGCGGCGGCGGCGGCCACCUUCAGCGAGCAGGUCGGGGGGGUCGCCGGCUCCGGAGGGUCCUCGGGGCGCAGCAAAGUGCUGCUGGUGGUGGAUGAGCCAGGGACAGACUGGUAAGGAGCUGGCAAGGGGAGAUGGGGAAGCCACCCCUCCCGCCCCGCUUAUCCCUCCAUCUCUCCAUCCAUCCAUCAUCCAUCCACCCACCCACCCACCCUUCCUUCCUCCUUCUGCCUGAAGGAGACAAAGGAUUAGCUACUCCCCCCCCCCCCAUCACCGCUCCCAGUUCUCCAGAGGGGGCCAACCAUCUCUAUUAUUUCUCCCCUCCCCCAGCCUUGGCCACUUCGAGUGUCGGGGCACCAAGAUGUGGCAGAUGCUUCCUCCAGGCCGACUUCCCCCCACCCAACUGUCUCCACACUGCGUGGCACCUUUGUGUCAAGCAUAGGGCAAGCUGGCAAACUGGUAGCUGGUGCCCUCCAGGUGUUUCAGGCUGCGGCUUCCAUUGGUCCCAGCCAGCACUGCCCAAACAUCUGGAGGGCACCAGGUGGGAAAGCUUCUUAAACCCUGCCGCCCCCCCCUGUUCUUUUGUCACGGCGCACAACAAGGCAGGCAGCUCCUUAUCAUGCAUGCGCUGCAGUGCCUCUAUUCAUUCCCGCCAGUGUUCUCACUUUUGCAGGCUCCCACCUUCCUUUAGAGUUCACCCAUCCAUCCCUCUUCCACCUCUUCAUCCGACCUGUCAUUCCAUCCCAAAAUCCAUUCCCCCCUCAGCUAUUGCAUCACCCCCUCCGUUUCUCUUCUUAUUUUCCCUUUGCACUUUUCUGUUGCCGCAUGCCCCAUCUGUGUCUGUGCUGAGUAUCUAUUGCCCGUCUGACAGGGCUGUGAGAGGUGACAAAGAAAGGGAUAGAGGGAGGAAGGUGUCAGACAGCAGGUGGACCUUGAUGGCCACCAGGCUAUGUACCCUUUGGCCUGCACCAGAGGUGAACUCAGCCCAGGGUCAUUGUAGACCAUGUUUUCAUUAAGAGGAGGAAAGGGGAGAGAUUUCCAGGUGAAACAGGUUGGUGUGUGUUGAAGUUGUGGGAAAGAAAUGGUGCUUACUUUUCCUAACACAAACGGUUUACCAAAAGAAAGGAAAAGAAAAGAGGGGAUGGACAACCAGCAUUUGUCUUGCAGCCCCAACCUGUAUCAGGCUGAGAAGUCAAAAAUGCCAGCUGGGUGACGAGUGCCAAUUUGGCUGCCCUCCCAGUCUGCAUCUUGGGUUGGCUGGCCUUGCUAAGGUAUGGAGGAGGUCUGAAUAAUUGAAGAGGAAUUUCAGGGAGUUAUCUGGGCAAAAUGGAAGAUGCUUCUCUCUGUGUCUGCCUUUCCCCCUCCCCAGGCUCAUGGAAGAUGAAGGGGAAGGGGAACUGUCUGGGUUCAUCCUUCAGCUUUUUGGUGAAACAAUUUUGCACUUCCCCAAGGAGACUCCCUUAGGGAAUGAUCACAACCAAAAGCCAGGAUUGUUCUUAAGGCUGCAUGGUCUAAUUUUGUUCCAAGUCUCCAGAGAAUGUGUGACUCUCUGGUUUGACACACCAGUCAGACCCAGUCCCUCCAGACUCACCUUCCUGCCCACACCAUGCCUUCACCCAGAUUCCCCUCCCUUCAGAGGCUACAGCACAAGCACCAGUUGUCUCCUGGCUCUCCCAGAGCCUACACUUGUCCUCUGCCUUCUUUCCCCCCAACCUUCCGGCUUCCUUGGCUGGAUGACCUUCUCUACCCACAGCUGUUGGGCCACUCUGGCCAGUAAGUGGCAUGAUUGUCCAGUUUUCCAGAAGCCAACAUGAAGAGAAGGCUCCAUUUACCUGUGGUUUCUAUACAGGGACUCUGAGACCCACCAGCCAGGGAGCACAAGCCUAUGAAGGCAUCAGUCCCUUGAGCAUUGCUUCCUGUGCCAAAAUCCCAGGCUGGACAACAGCUGGGGACAGGCAUGUUAUAUGGCAUGGAGCUAAAUCAUGCCUAGCUUCCUGUGCUAGGCAUCCCCCGAGAGCCUUCUCUCGCCUGCCCCUGAUUUCUCUAUCAGAGCAACAUUACAGGGUGAGAAUGGACUCUGUGAACUCUCCCAAGGGAAUCAUGAUUUUGAGAGGUCGUGAUAACCAAGAAGGGCUAGUUGAACAAGACUGAUGGGUAAGAAGAUGGAGAACUCAAUGCUUCCAUUAUGAAUGGGAUCAGUCCUUGUGCAUGGAAUUGGAUCAGAUGAAAUGAGCACAUGCGCACAUAAUGUAAAAUAAAUAGGGAUUUUAAACUAGAAAAUACAGCACUACUGCUGAGCUUUGGAAUUGAAUGCCCCAGAAUAUGCUAAUGGUCAACUGUAUAACUGGAUUAGAAAAUGAGCUAGACAAAUUGAUGGCAGGCAGGAAUAUUAGGACAGCACCAGUUUGUAGAAUUGUGUUUUGUUUUUGUUUUAAUGUGGGGAAAUCAACACAAGUGGGCUGAGUCAGGACCUGCAAGCUCAGUCCAUUUCAGAGAAUUCAGGAGGAUUGCCAGUGCGCCAUAAUCCCCUGGAGGGAGGAAAGGAAAAGGCAAUUCAUUGUGACUUCACCAUUAGUUAAACAAUGGUUUUGUCAAUGAUGAUCUAAUUAACCUGUAGAAUGGGUGUAAACCAAAGGAGUGUAAGCUGUUUUAUAUACCUCCUUUAUAACACCUGAUACUGUCAACUGUCCAUAACAGGAUACUGGCUAAAAUAAAUGAUUGGUUGUCAUGACAUACUAAGCCUUAGGAUACAUCAGUAACUAUAUUAUACUAAAGCAGGGGUGCCCAAACUUUUUUCAAAGAGGGCCAGAUUUGAUGAAGUGAACAUGUGUGAGGGCCGACCAAAGUUGUUGAGCUUUUUUUUAGGACAUAUACUGCCAUGGGGGCUGGAUUGGGCCCCCAAAACGAACUGUACUAAAGCAAGGGGCUUGGACGAGAUGACCUUUGGGCCAGGCUCCUUUCCACCUCUACACUUCUAUGAUUCUAUGAAUUCUACCAGUUUCUCAUGCAGCAUGUUUAUGUCCCAGUGACCCACAGGAAGCUGCAUUUCCCAAGAUCAUUCAAGGUUUCCCAGCCCUUUCAUGCCUUUGAGUUAUACAUUGGGUGUUAUUCAUAAACAGAGGAAGAUCUUCUGGAAAAGAAAUAUAUAUAUUUCUGGCAGCUGUGGGGCUACUCUGGUCUGCAACCUCAAUGGUUUUCAGUCCUCCAUCAUCCCUGCAGUUGCCAGACAGAGCAGGUGCCGGCCUUGCUGCCUCUUUGCCAUUGUUAUGGACUGUUCAUGUUUCAAGAGCUCUGCCUGUAAUUAAUAGGCAGAGUUAUGGGCAGAGUUUGCUCCUGUUCUCCGUGUGUUUGUGUGAAGGCAGAAUUGGAUGUGCAGAUUAACUCAAAAGAGUCCUUCACUUUCAAACACUUGAGGGAAAAGGGGGCAUCUGUUUGUAAGCAGCAAAGAGUGACUGCAAGCAUGCGCCUUACCAAAAAACCAAAAAUGAACUGAAUAAGGAAAGCUGUGUUAUCGUUGUUGUUGUUGUUGUUGUUGUUAACACCUCCCACUGCAAAAAAUAGGAUCCUAAGCACUUUAAAAAACCAGCAUAAAGUAUAAAAAACUAGUUACACAGAAAAUUAAAAUGUAAAGAACCAUAAUUUAAAGCAGUGCUUUUUUUGGUUAAAAACAAAACAAAAUCAUAAGGUGCUGGUACUCAUAUUUUGAUAAACAUGCAGUGGGUUCCAACACCCAAUGGUUGUCAUGAACAGCAAAAGGAAAAAAGAAAAGAAAAGAAAAAGAGGUGGCUGAAAUUCAGUUCAGUGAGUACUAUCACACAUAAAAAUAGUUGAUUAAAAUACAAAACAAAAUAAUCGUGUUAAAACAUUGAGCUAUAGAUCCAUAAAUUAAAAUAAAUUAAAAUUAAAGCAUACCUGUUAAAACAAUACAGCAAUUGAAACAGGAGACUUGGGUUGAGACAUCAAAGGAAUGCCUGCAUAAACCGGUGUGUCUUCAGAGGCCAACAGAAUGCCAAUACAGAUGGCGGUUAGCUCUAAUAACUAUUGACCAAUGGAGACCUACCUGGGUUCCAGCUUGAUCAAUCUCUGCCACUUUUUAGUCACCUCACCAUCAUGGCUAUGGCAGAGCCCUAUUUCCUUCUGGGUCAGAGAAGGACACUGUGGCUUGGGCACACACACAUUCCUAGGUGGCUCACUAGACAAGCUCCCAAUCUCAGGCCAUGUGGUUUCUCUGUUCAAGCUCUACAUCCCAGGCACAGGCAAAGGAAGUCUUGUUAGAAAAACAUUGGUGACCUUAGGGGAGUCGUGGUGCAUCCAUGCAGAGCUGAUUGCAGGGGGCUCCUUAAUUCACACUUCUUUUUAGUGGAUUGGGUUUUACCAGUAUGUCUUUCUCUGGUGGGGCACCAUGACACAGUCUCUGUUGAUAAGAUUGCUCUGGGUGCAAUUCUGAAGUAACCAGGCUUACUGUUGGUGUACAUUUGGUCUAUAUGCAGGUGCUUCUUUGACUCUUUUAAUUUAUACCUGCAGGCCCUGGUGGAAUGACAUUAAAACCAUGGUUUAUGUGAACCCUGCCCAGUGGCUUAAUCAUUUCCUGAAGCUAUCCUUUUGUUAUUGUUCAUAACCUUGGCUUGUUUUAACUAUGGCUUGGCCUUAUAUGUGAACUCAACACCAACCCACCUUGGGCCCUUGCCAGGCUACAAAGGCAUGAAGCAGAAGCAGUUGGAAAAGAAAAGAAAUGUUGGAGAUACAAGCCAUGGUUUAUUUGAUCAUCUGUGGGACAACUUGUGGUUAAGGCAAGGCUGAAAUAAACCAAGGGAAACCAUUGGCAAGAUUCUGUGCAAACACAAUGUACAAACCAUUUUAAAAUCUUGGCUUCAGUGAGAGUGUUUUUAAGCAUAUUUUUAACCAUUUGACUUCCAAGAAGGAGGAUUUAGUAUCCUGCUACAAGUCCCUUAAGCAAAAAUGCUGAUUUAUAUAUCACCAGAUCAUCCUUUUAUUAAUAGCCUCUAGUAGCCAUUUGAUUUCCUGCCUGGCUCUAUCUCACUUAUGACCGGCCUUCACUCACCUGUGAUAUAUCAGGUUUGGGUAUCUGUGUUUUGUGAUUGCCUGUGCAUGGUAGAAUAUGCUGCUACACUCAGCUACCCCCUUUCUUCUCAUGGUAUAGUCUCUCCCACUCGCUCUUUCACUCCACCCCUGCUCCUUCUGUUCCCAAUUGGCACAGGCCCCCCAAACCCAUCACUCCAGCAUUGCAUGGUCCAUGUGCCAGUUGCCAUCCGGAGGUUUUGGGCAUGGGGAUGCCAGCCCUUGUGUGGUUGCAGUUGUUGUUGUAGGUAUGUGUGAAGGUGCGUGAGAUUUGAGGAACCUCACUUAGACAGAGGUCAGGAUACUCAAUAGGGAAGAAUGUAAACAUGCAUGCCAGUUAAGUUUAUUAUGUGAAUUAGCAAGAUGUGAUUUCUGCAGCCUGAAUGUGUCAAAUCCCAGGCUGCCAAUGUUGAGGAUUGUCACAGUAGGCCAAUUGGCCAUCUGUUGUGAAUUUGCAUCUCUGUCUCCCUCCCUCCCUCUCUCGCUCUCAUCUAUCUAUCUAUCUAUCUAUCUAUCUAUCUAUCUAUCUAUCUCUAUCAUCUAUCUAUCUAUCUAUCUAUCUAUCUAUCUAUCUAACUAUCUAUCAUCUAUCAUCAUCUAUCCUGCAAGCAAAUAGCAUAGAAAUUCCAAACUUCUAAGUAGUUAAUCAGUUACCUCCUUUAUACAAAUGUAACCUACAGAAUUCAGUGCUGCAAGAUGGAAUGGAUGAUGGCAUUUGGCUCAACAAAAGGAUGAGACAGAUCCACGGGGUUGGGUGGGAAUAUGUUUAUCCACAGCAACUAGCCAUGGUCAGGAAAUGGAGACCCCAUGUACAGAGGCAGUAUACCUGUAUAAUAUAACAGAUAACAGUGAUCAAGAAUAGGGGAAGGCUAUUGCUUUUAACUCCUGCCUAUGAGGUUCUCAGAUACAGAUUGCUGGCUGUUACUGGAAAACAAAAUGCUGGCCAAAAUGGGAUUUUCAUCUGAUUUGUUCUAAUAUUCCUAAUGACAUACAUAUCACAUUUUCCCCCAUUUGACAUGAUUGAAUUUGGUGGACAAUUGCGCAAAUACUUCUUAAGGUAAGAAGCCCUCAAUAAAAGGAAGGAGUCCUUCAUAAAAAGCACAGAGUAGCAUUCUCUCUUGUUGGAAUGACUGGUUCUUGUAGAGCCUCUGUGGGUCUCUCAGGCCAGCUGGUCAACAGGGUGACUCAGAAACACCCCAAUGACAUCACCAGGGUUAUUAUAAUAGCACAGCAAGUUAAGUGCCUAGGCUUACAUUCAGCUCCCAGCGGAAUUGAGGCUGGCUAAUGUGGUCGAUGUGCAUGCUGGGGAAAUGAGCUACAAAUAUAUUUCCCUUCUAGGGACCUCUUAUGCAAGCAAAGAAGGGGGCUGAAGAGCAACAGUAUCUGGCUGAAGCAGGGGCAAUGUGGGGUGGUAGGUGGUCUGCCCUACUCGCUCCACUUGACUUCCUCCGCAUCGCACCCCCAACCGUAAUGCAUGCUUUGGGCAUCCUGCUUUCUCCUAGAGAUUGCAGCUUCAGGAUGCGUGCGCCGUAGGGAGCAUGGAUUGGCGAUGUUUGUCGCAGGCGGCUCUGGAUCCCUGCUGGGGAUGAUGUGUCAGGAUGCAAAGGCUAUUGUUUCACGGCAGGGCAAGAUAGAGGGUGUCAGUGCCUUGAAGGCUGCGGCAGACACACAGCAGCCCCAAGCAGCUGCAGCCAAAGCCCUGCUCCCCAGCUGUCUCCCACUGGGUGUGCAGCACCAUGCUGAACAGAAGAUCAAAAGGCUGCCUUGUAUAUGCUGCCAUCUCUUGCACUGAGAUGGCAGCUCAUUGUCCUAAGCCACAGCCUCUGAGCCUUGCUUGAAUCACCCAGGUCCAUGUGCUCCGGGCAGCACUUUCAAUGGAAUGGCCUCUUGGUUUGCAAGGAUACUUGCCACCCAACUUGACUUUGCCUGAACCACUGCAUAGUUCUCCUUUCUGGCUACUUGCUUUAAUUGUUAGCCAAAGAGGCAGCCAUGCUAGUCUCUUGCAGCAGCAAAACCAACAAACACUUUGUGUCAUCUUAAUGCAGAGAUGGGGAAGCUACCCCCCACCCCCCGGAUGCUGUUGAACUCUCAUCAGCCCCAGUCAACAUGGCCAGUGCUCAGGGAUGAAGGGAACUGUAGACCAGAGACAUCUGGAGAGAACAAGGUUCCCCAUUCAUUCUAGCAUCACCUAUCCUUUGCCAGCAUGCUGGCAGGGGCAGAGGGGAGAUGUAGUCUGAAGCUCCUGAAAGGUACCAGGUUGGCAAAAGUGGUUGCAAAGGGUCACUGUGUUUGCUUACCAAACCUUUCAGCUUGAAUUUUAAUGCCCUUUUUUGCAUUUCUUUCCCCGUAAACCCCAGCCAUUACGUUCCCUCCCCACCCACUUUUAUACUCACAUGGAUAUAUUUGUGCCUACUGAGGAUUACACUUCAUCCAUCUCUGGACUCAGCGACCACCAAAAGCUUGUGCCAUGGCAGAGCUGUUAGAUUUUCAGAAGCCACAAGGCAUUUCCACGCUUCUGCUACAAUUGAAGGCAGGCAUGAGCAUGUGUGUGCUCUGAUUCCACAGUGUUGUGAAUGUGUGCGCUACACAUCCUGAGUGGUUGGGAGGAGGGAUGGGGUACAAAUCCAUUUUUAUUGUAAGAUGCUUAAAUGAUUUUGAAAAUUAUAUUAAGAGUCUUUAAAAAUAUAUUUUUAAAAAUCAUAUUCCAGUUAUUCCUAUUUACUAGGGGCAGCUUUUAUUUUCUGCUUUCCUGUCCCAGGUAAACCAAUGCCCCCUAUUUUUGCUUUUUUUGGGGGGGGGAUGCCUUUUAAUAUUUUUUGUUAGUAGAAAAUGCAAGAGCUAUAGUUCUGCAGUAGUCUUCCCUAAGCUGUGCUGGGAUCAAUGGGAGUUGUAGUUCAAAACAGCCAGCAGGCACCAGGUUGGUGUAGCCUGUUCUGCAGUGUUGAGUUCCCUCCCCAGGCAAUCUAGGAGGGAAAUCUCUGAGCAGAGCAUAUAUCUUGUCUCUAAUGCACAUGCGGUGGCAUGUGCACGCAUGAACACUAAGUCACCAUACACCACACAGCUUGCUGUUCCAUCCACUGCACCUGCUGAAGUCUAUUUUGAACUGCCAAUGACUUACUACAGAACAAACAUGUUUCUUUCUUUCUUUUUCUACUGUAUUUGUAAAACCAAAAGAACAAACACCAUCUUGGCUUUUAAGUCAGGCCAGAGCAAAUGGAUACAGCAGGCGGCAGGCAGAGAGAAGCCUUUGGGAGCGUGGAAUGAUGGGUGCAGGGAGGAUAAUGAUGCAUGUCAUGAAAAAACAGGCUGUGAGGGGAGAGGAUUGCAAGCCUGGCCUUGCUUUCUUUUGUGAACUGGUGGAGAGUAUCCUGGCACCAUUUCUGCAGGAGGCAGAUGACAAAUGGCAACAGGGAGCAUUGUCUCACCAAGGAUGUUCAGGUAGCUGAAGGAAAACCCUGAGCUUCUUCCCUCGCAGCCAUCUUGGCCACCUGCUGUCUUCUGCCAGGGCGGCUUCACAGGCAGUGCAGCAGUUUGGGUACCAAACUCCCCUGCGAGCAGGAUGCCGGGCACCAGAUUCCCAGCACACCCAGGCAGUUGCUGGGCAGGCAGCAGGGUAUUCUGCUCACAAAUGACACUCUGCUAAUGCCAAGAGGGGCGGUGGAAGAAACUCUGCGGGUGUUCAGAAGCACUCACCCCUCCCAUAUGCUAAAAUAGUUAUAGGCAAAAUGUGACAACUCUACUGCUGAGCACUGAGGCAUGGGAGGGGGGCUGCCUUAGAGUAGAAGAUGUUUCUGGAGGAAUUUGUCUAUAAUUAUUGAUCAUUCUUCCAAGGAACCUCUGAUAAACACGAAAGAAAUCCUCCAGUUCCGAGAAAGACUGCUUGAAACCCGCAGAGCUAAGAGGUAUCAACCUGCAGUCUAAGGCCCUAUUCCUGUAACAACCAUUUAGUUGUGCCACAGUUGUGUGCAAAAGUUUAUUAUUCCUAGUGUUUUUUUACAUUCCUGCCUUACAAGAGACAUUGUCCCCACCCCCAAGCAUUGCACAGGUCUUUCCCCGCUAGCUGUUCACAUCAGCAUGGCUUCAUUAAGGUCAGAUUUGUUGCUGCUGCUUGUGUACGCUCCAGGGCACCAAUGUGUUUACACAAGGUGUUCACACCUUGGUUAUCAACAAAUUAGGAUCAGCUAAGGACCUCAAUUAGCAUGAAGCUGGUUUGAGAAACAACAUGUCAGGCAGCAAUAUUUUAUAACCGUUUGGGAUACAGAUGCAGUUUGUUGUGUGAACAGGGCUUAAAUCUCCAGAACUGGAAAUGUAGUGAGGGCACAGUAAACAGGAGUGUGGACACAACCAUGGCCUGUAAAAAGCACUGGCUGACAUGGGCAGAGUUUGCUUUCAAGCACUCAUUGGGAGGUGCUUGCCUGGGAAAUGAAUCUUCCCAGCAUGUGGUUAAGAAGACAAGUCCUGCAUAUGUUGGCAGAUGCGCAUGGGGCUGGUUUUCCAUAGGCAGGAAGUCCACACUGCUGAAGUGGUAGUGAGAACCGGCCUUGGCUCUGAAGACUACAAUGCCCAGGAUGCUCCAGGAGAGGAAGCAGUGAUGGGGGGUGGGGAGAGAAAAUGUAAGGUUAUAAAGGCUGUGGAAAGAAAAUAAUAAUUGGGACUAGAGCUUCUCUGUCUGGAAGACAUAAAAGGCUUCUAUAUCCCAGCUCUGUGGUUAAGGCUGCAUGCAAACCAUAUAUAUAAUGUAGAUGGCUCCACACUGCAAAUAAUAAUGGGAACUGUAGUUUACCAUCACAGAGCUACAAGCACCCUCAACAAACUAUGGUUCCCAGGACUCUGUGAGGGAAGCCGAGACAUGUAGGCAGCCCAUGCUUGCCAAGGUUAGAGGGGCCAUUUUUAUUUUAAAAAAUAAUGAUACUUGGGUGGGGAAGCGGGGAAGCCUCAUGCACAAGAGCAGAAGCAGCAAAUAUAUUUAAAUAAUAAUAAUAAUAAAACAACUCCUAUGUCUGGUGCUGGUAAAUAAAGUGGACUAAGCCUCUAGGGACUUAGGAAGCUUCUUUGAACUGUGCCAGACCAUUGGUGUGUCUAGCCUGGUACUGUCAGCACUGACUGGCAGCAACAAAGGACAUGGGGGUGCUGGGAACUGAGGCUGGGACCCUGGACGUGCAAAGCAGCUUCUCCAGUGCUGCAGCCAUUGUUGCGCUCCUGCGUAGAAUUUGUUGCAGGGUGAAUGAGCUGUGCAAAGAGAUGGUGGUUAAAGUAACGUAAAGUAAAGUAAAGAUGCUCUCUUGCUCUGUAACCCACUCAUCCUACCUUGGCCUUAACAGAGCCCAUGGAGGGUUAUUAUUAUAGGAUGCUGAGGGACCACCCUCAUGCACCCCCAUCUCUUUCGUCUAGCCAGAGGCGGCUCUACUAUGAGGCAGAGUGAGGCUGCCAACUCUGGCAGCAGAUGGGGAGGGAAGCAGGCAAGAUGUUGACGCCAGAGCUGCGCAUGCCCUGAAGAGCGAGCUUGCUUCCGCUCUAGCGCAGAGGAGGAUGCUGUCCCCUCGCCAGUGCUGAAGUAAAAUUCAGCUGCCCUUCCAGUUUAAAUGCGGGCGGAGUGAAGGAUCUUGUCUUCAGCCUCUGGCAGCAAAAUGUCUUGGGCUGCUCUGCAUGCAGCCAUCUGUGAAAUGGCCUGUUGGGGCUGAGCACAACCAUGUGGAUCAAUCUUCUAAGCACACAUAAGUUGUGCCUUUACUCUGACUCUGUCUGUCUUAAUCUGCCCCCCUUCUUCUUCAAAAAGUCCCAUCUUCCCUGACCUUUGGCCAUGCUGACUGAGGCUGAUGGGAUUUGGAGUCCAACAACAUAUCAGAGCCCACAGGUUCCCCUCUCCCUGAUCUAGGCCAAAUGGAUGUGAUGCAAGAGAUCCAUAUUGGAUCUCCUGAUGUUUUUCUGUUGUUGUUUUUACUUUACUGCAGCCACAGGAGAUCUCUAAUUUUGAUGGUGUCUUAGACUGUUACAUGCUGUACCAUUUCCCUCACCAAACUCAUGCACACCUGAAGCUGUGCUAAUUCUACCAAGGUGGGGAAAAUACAGUGGCGGGGGGUGGGCAUCUGGGACAGGGAAACACCACUGGGGGGAUGCAGGGACUAAACAGCUCCACUCAGUGCUGCUGCGCAGAUCAAAAUGGGAGCUUCUCUGUGGCUAUUUUUAAAUCCAAGCAAAAAACAAUACACUGAGCCUCUGUGUCCCCUUCCCCCUUCUCUUGUGGCCCCCCGCUUCUCUUUAUCCAUCUUGCCCCUCUCCUUUCUUAGGAAACCAAUUAAAUAUUUUUUUAGUUGGCUAAUCACCCACCUUUUAAGCAAUUGAACAAUUAAUUACAAAGUUCAAUGUAAAUAAUUUCAGUGGUAAAAACUGCUAUUUAAGGGCCUUUCUGAGCUAUUGAGGGAAAUGCAAGAUAUUUGAAUGAAUGAAGCUCUCUGUUUUACUGUUUCCUUUUGGAAGGCAAUAUUUGCUUUUUGUCAAGCCUGAUUACAGAAACAUCCCAAAAUCAAAGCAGCCUCUUAAAAGAAAUACGUUCCUUCAGCUCUCAGUCCUAACUAAAUUUGAGCCCCCCCCCCAGUUCAUAACUUGGGUAUGGGGAGGGAGUGGCAACCAGUGACACUUCAUAUAUAUUGCUGGACUGUCGCUCCCAUCCUUCCUGACCAUUGGGCAUGCUGGCUGGGACUAGUGGGACUUGGAGUCCAACAGCAUCUGGAGGAGACCAGGUCCCCCAUGUUUACUUUAGUUGAUAUGCCUGCUGAUUAAAUUUGGAGUCCUUCUUUUUGCUUUCUCUUUCCAAAAGAUGGCUGUGGUAGCACAGUUCUUGAACUCCUGCCUUAGGGCAGGCUUUGUGACUCACCAGUAAAAACCAGCGCUCAGCUGGUAUUUCAAAGGCACACUCCCUUCCUACCCUCAUUUUACCUGGCCUAAUAAUAACUAAAGCAUUGCUUUGCUUUGUUUAUUGCUUGCCAGUUGCACCUGUUGAAUUUCUGUCUGUCAAAGAGGCAGGAAACUUGAGGGGAGGAGGGGAGGGAGCUGCAGCAGAUACAACAGCAGGAUGCAUAAAGCCUUCAUGACCUGAUCUCUUGUGUUUGAGGGGACUAAGAUCCCAUACAUCUGCUUUCCACAUGCAGGUAGAACCAAGUGGGGAAUAAGCUAGUGGAAUCCAAUGGACUGUGCCUCUUCAGUCUCUGGAUGGACUGAAGGUUCCCCUAUGUGAAAGAUUCCCUGUAAUUAGAAAACUAAUGUUGCAGCGGAAGUUUUGGAGUCUUCGCUAUGGGUUCAGAAACCUCUCUUCUGAUAUCAAAGUUUUCUGAAGGCCCAGUCAAACUCCAUACCUCUUCAGAUUCCUCAAGGAAAGCUCUCCUUUUAUGGGGAGGCAUUAGCUAGAAGGAACCCACCCCUUGUUUCAAAAAAUUCCCGUUGCGCAAACAGUGCACCUUAUCUCCAUCCAGCCAACUGGAACAGCAGUCUAACUAGAUCGCUUCAGCCUUUCCAGAGCACCCCUCCUUCCUGCCUACUUGCAGAAACAGAGGUCCCGUCUACACAUGCUACAGAAUGCGAUGAUGGAGGUGAUGGAGCAAAUUUAUGAAUGGUCCCUUAACGCUCUGCGUAUACAGUGAUUGCCACCCUUUAGGUCUGUGGGCACAUGUGUGUAUUUGAGUGAGUGCCUUGGGUGCCACCCCCUCUCUAGUUACUGCUCGCUACCCAGUGAGCCCCCUGCAGAGAGACAGAACGUGCAUGCAUCCUCACCUCACUUUCCCAAGGGAUCUCCGUAAAACCUGGAUCUAGUAGAACUAAUCUGCUUGAAAAGCCCAUAGAGUUGAAAGCAUAAGUGGGAAAGAGCACCACGCUCCCAACUUCCUUCUUCAAGGGAGAAAAAGGUAACCAACCCCACCCCACAUGACCAAGGGGACAGUGAAUUGGGAGGGCUCAGAGGUUCUAAGGCAGGCAUCCCCAAACUCAGCCCUCCAGAUGUUUUGGGACUACAAUUCCCAUCAUCCCUGACCACUGGUCCUGUUAGCUAGUGUCAGGGAACUGCCAUCGGACGGAAGGGAGGUGAAAGGGCUCACACAGGUUGGGAGAGACGCAGCAGCUGAAGAGGAAACCAACAGGGAGGUGAAAGGGCUCACACAGGUUGGGAGAGACGCAGCAGCUGAUGAGGGAACCAGCAGGGGAGAGGAGCUGAGCUGGAGGGAUGGCUCAGAGACACUUCCAGCGAAAACAGUGGAGAGGUUUCAGGACCUCCUGUAAGAACACCCACUCCUCGCCGGAAACUGUCACGCAGAGAUUCCAGAAGACGUGUUUCCGUUAAGGAGCUUUUAUGUUGGAAGCGAUUACGAAAGCAACCACUGUCGGAAUCUGCUAGUGACUAGAGUAGCCAUGUCUGAGGGGCUCUGUCACAGACAGAGGUUUGUGGACUUGAACAAACUCUGAGGGGAUACGAUUUUACGCACAAGCAGCUCAUCAUCCCAUCACAGCAUUCCGACAGUCUUUGAAAGCAGCUUGUGCAGGAGAAGGUAUCAUGAGCAACCCAGCCGGAACCGGAGAAGCAGGAGCUGGAGCGGGUCCAAGCCUGGAAGAAAGGUACCAGAUGUUGGAGGUCCAGCUAGCGAUGCAGACGGCGAGGCUUGAGGAGAGGAGGGCUCAGGAUGCAGACAAAAGGGGGAAGCCACCCAGUUCGCCAGAAAGGUACCAGGAUUGGUGCAGAAGUUUGGGGGGGAGCCCAAAAACUAUCAUGGUUUUCGGACAGAAAUGCAAUAUGCCCUCAAUCUGCAGUUUGAUGAAUUCCUGACGAGGAAUCACGAGUGGCUUUCGUGAUUGAGCAUCUUGAAAAGGGGCGAGAGACUGGGUUAGACCCUGAUGGCAGCGAAUAGUGACGUUUUAAAAGACACGAUGAAGUUCUUUCGCGCCAUGGAUCUGAUGUUUUCCAGCGAUAUUGAAAAGGGAGUGGUGCGCAGACAGUUAAUGGGUUGCAAACAGGGGAGCCGAUCUGUCCGUGAGUACUGGACUGAGUUCACCAUGCUUGUUCACAGAUUGGGGUGGGACUUAUCGGCGGAACCCAUUCAAAUGCUCUUUGAAGAAGGGCUUUCUUCGGCUGUGAAAGACGAACUUUCCCGGGCGCCCAGGGCGGAGUCUAUGGACCAGCUGACCAAAUCAGCGCUGGCCAUAGGAGCGCGCCAGGAGGCGAGAGCAUUGGAGAGGCGGGAAGGGAAAGGGGAACGUUGGAAGGAGUUCCGCAUUCCAGACAUUCCAGAGCCAACUUUCCCACCGGCAGAGCCGAUGGAAAUCGGAACAGCGCGCGCGCGCAGUUUCAAAGCCCAGUGAGGGGGAAAGAAGGAGGAAAAGGCGCCCGGAAAUGCUAUCUCUGCCAACAGCCAGGUCACUUUGCCAGAGUCUGCCCCCAGAGGAAAGAAUGGCAAGGGAUGGUAGGGGCUGUGGAUGGAAGAGAGGAAAAUAUACCGGAGCAAGUAAAGCCAACGCCUGGCUGCCACUGUCAGGGCACAGCAGCCAGGCCAAAGAGCAGUGAGAGUGCCCACGCCAGAACCUCCUAAACCCGCCCUAGUGAUAGAAGUGACGCUAGAGCUGCCAAACGGACACCCUCUAAAGAUAAAGGCGCUGUUGGACUCAGGCAGCUCCUGCAAUUUCAUGAGCAAAGAGUUUGCAGCUGAACACCAGAUACAGACAAUCCUUUAAGCAGCCCCCUGCAGGUGACCACGAUCGAUGGCAGGGAGCUGUUGGGUGGAGAAGUCAGCUUGCAGACCGUCCCAAUGAUAAUGAAGGUAGCAAGGCACACCGAACUGAUAGCUUUUAAUGUGGCCACCUUGGGAGGAGCUCCCAUUAUAUUGGGGAUGAGCUGGCUAGCGUUACAUGAUCCGCUGGUGGGCUGGCAUCAGAGAGUGGUUUCUUUUGGUUCAGCACAUUGCUUAGAACACUGCAAAGAGGGAAAGGGUUUGGCAGGGGUCCAAGCCACCCUAGCAGGGACUGAAGUAACAGAGAACGUGAAGGUACCACGACAAUAUGCAGAUCUCCGUGACGUCUUCAGCGAAAGGGAAGCUGACCAACUACCCCCGCAUAGACCCUUUGACUGUCAAAUCAACUUACUCCCUGGAGCACAGCUCCCUGUAGGCAAGCUGUACGCCAUGUCAGACAGAGAGAUGCAGGAGUUAAGAGAGUUCAUUGACAAGAACCUGAAGAGAGGGUUCAUCAGAGAGUCCAGGGCGGUGGGGGCAGCCCAGUGUUUUUGUGGAUAAGAAAAACACGAACAAGCCGAGGCUGGUGUGUGACUUCAGGGCCUUAAAUGCAGUGUCAGAACCAGUAGCCUUCCCUAUGCCCAGGAUUGACGACAUUUUGACAAGGGUGCGGAAGGGAAAGAUUUCACAAAGCUGGACCUAAGGGGGGCGUACAACCUGGUACGAAUAAGGAAGGGGGAUGAAUGGAAAACCACUAUGUUCACCCCUUUAGGGGCAUUUGAAUAUUUGGUUAUGCCCUUCGGCCUACAAGGAGGCUCCGCAACAUUUCAAUCGUUUAUGAACCACGUCCUGGGGCCUUUGCUUUACAAGAAUUGUGUGGCCUUUUUAGACGACGUGUUGGUGUAUUCUGAGAAUGAGGAGCAGCAUGUGAGAGACGUCAGAGAAGUGUUGAGCAGGCUGCAAGCCAACCAGCUGUGGGUGAAACUGGAGAAGUGUCAGUUUCAUACCAAGGAGGUGGAAUUCCUGGGGUAUCGCCUGUCAGACAAGGGAUUGGCCAUGGAUCCCGGCAAGGUCCAGGCUGUGCUGGAAUGGAAAACACCCAAAACAAAGAAGGAUGUGCAGAGGUUCCUAGGAUUUGGGAACUUCUAUCGUAAGUUCAUCCGAAACUUUGCCCACCUGACGGCGCCCAUUACGGACUGUCUCAGCAGUAAGAAGAAGUUCGUGUGGACUGAGGAGGCGGAGCGAGCAUUUGAGGAACUAAAAGGGGCCUUCGCCUCGGAACAACAACUCCUGCAUGUGGAUUUACAAAAACCGAUGAGAGUGGAAACUGACGCAUCAGACAGAGCGAUUGGGGCGGUGCUUCUGCAGCCAGGCAAGAAGGGGUCAGAGUGGAGACCGUGUGCCUUUUUUCGCGAAAGCUGAACAAAUCCGAGAGGAACUACACGGUGUAUGACCGAGAACUACUAGCCAUUCAUGAGGCGUUCCGGAGAUGGAGGCACCUGCUAAUUGGCGCACAACAUAAGGUGCAAGUGUGCACUGACCACAAGAACCUAGAGUAUUGGAGGACGGCACGAGUGCUCAACCAACGGCAAGUGAGAUGGGCCCAGGAGUUCUCCAAAUUUAACUUUGAGAUUAGUUACGUGCCAGGCCCAGAGAACAUUAGGGCGGACGCUCUCUCACGCAAACCUGAAUAUUUGGAGGAGGGGGCACCCGAAGAGAGACAUGUCAUUCCAGAAGACCGCUGGGUGUGUGGGCGGCAUUGGUGGGACAAAGAGAACUGGUAGAGGAAACAGAGAAUGAUGAAUACGCCCAGAAUAAGCUCAGAGGUCUUAGGGGUGAUGGAGAGGAACCAGGGGGUUUCGAGGAAAGAAAUGGAGCUUUGUAUUACAAAGGGGCACUGUAUAUCCCUGAAGGAGAGUUAAGGGGAGGGUACUCAAGCAGUUGCACGACAGCCCUACGGCGGGGCAUUUUGGACAACACAAAACCAUGUGGUUGGUCACCAGGGAAUUUUGGUGGCCUAAGGUGAGGGAAGAUGUACGUGAGUAUGUAAGAGGGUGCGAGCAAUGCCAGCGAGCCAAAGGGGAAAGGCGGGCGCCGGCGGGGCUAUUAGAACCCUUACCAACCCCAGAACGACCUUGGGAGGCAGUGUCGAUAGAUUUUAUGACUGAUCUGCCGAAGUCCAAAGGGAAAACAGCCAUCAUGGUGGUGGUAGACCUACUAACAAAGAUGUGCCACUUUGUAGCUUGCUCGCAUGCAGUCACGGCGGAAGAGACAGCGAAGUUAUUUGUAGAAAACAUUUUUAGGUUGCACGGGGUGCCAUUGAGGGUGGUCUCAGACCGAGGAAAACAAUUUACUUCCAGGUUCUGGAGGAAGCUCAUGAGCUUACUGCAGGUGGAGGUCAAUUUUUCGACUGCCCGGCACCCUGAAACCAACGGGCAGGCGGAAAGAGCAAACGGUGUCCUCCAGCAAUACCUGAGGUGUUAUGUCAAUGACAGAGAGAAUGACUGGGUAGAAAAGUUGGCGCUGGCGGAAUUUGCCUACAACAAUGCCGAGAAUGUGUCCACAGGGAUGAGCCCUUCUUGGCUAAUUAUGGGUGUCAUCCCAGGGCUUUCCCAGGGGGAGAGGGGAGAGAUGGAGCGUCCCGGCAGCCGAGCAUUUUGUGGAAGAAAUGGAAGCAAUCCAUCGUCAGCUCCAACUCAACUUAGAAAGGGCGAAGGAAGAAUACAAGAGGCAGGCAGACAAGAACCGAAGGGAAGGUGAAACCAUAAGGGUGGGAGAUAGGGUGUGGCUGUCAACCCAAGGGCUGCCGCUCAAAGGAGGUUGUAAGAAAUUAAGACCCAGGAGGUUGGGUCCCUUUGAGGUCAUUCAACAGGUCAACCCAGUGGCUUUCAGGCUCCGGUUACCCAACCACAUGAAACUGCACCCAGUAUUUCACAGGUCGUUACUGUCACCGUACGAAGGGGGACGAGAAGGGCUGGCCACUCGGGACCGGUCGUAGAAGAAAGAGAAUGCAGCAGCCAUGUGGCAGAAAUCCUCGACGCCAGGUGGAAGGGGGAUCAGGUGGAGUAUUUGGUAGCGUGGGAAGGAGAACCGGAGUCAGAAAACACUUGGGUAAUGGCUGAAGAUAUCAAUGACGAGGUAUUGAUAGAAACGUUCCAUCAAAGGUUCCCAAGGAAACCUCAGCCUGUGGAGAGGUUCCGGAGGGAAUACUUUGGGACCACUGAUGAAGGGGAGGAGUUGGAAGGAUUCCCGGACUCGGAAGGGGAAGGGAGAUGGACUCUGAGGAGGAGGUGUACUUCGAGACCAGGAACCGCAACAGGUUGAGAGAAGUGUUCGAGACAUCGGAAGAUGAAGGAAGUUCAUUCCGGGUUUUGCCUCCUCACCGCCCGUAGAGGAGGGGGCGAGAGGGGGUGAAGGGGGCCCUGGAGGGGAGGUGGAUGUCAGGGAACUGCCAUCGGACGGAAGGGAGGUGAAAGGGCUCACACAGGUUGGGAGAGACGCAGCAGCUGAAGAGGAAACCAACAGGGAGGUGAAAGGGCUCACACAGGUUGGGAGAGACGCAGCAGCUGAUGAGGGAACCAGCAGGGGAGAGGAGCUGAGCUGGAGGGAUGGCUCAGAGACACUUCCAGCGAAAACAGUGGAGAGGUUUCAGGACCUCCUGUAAGAACACCCACUCCUCGCCGGAAACUGUCACGCAGAGAUUCCAGAAGACGUGUUUCCGUUAAGGAGCUUUUAUGUUGGAAGCGAUUACGAAAGCAACCACUGUCGGAAUCUGCUAGUGACUAGAGUAGCCAUGUCUGAGGGGCUCUGUCACAGACAGAGGUUUGUGGACUUGAACAAACUCUGAGGGGAUACGAUUUUACGCACAAGCAGCUCAUCAUCCCAUCACAGCUAGGGAUGAUGGGAGUUGUAGUCCCAAAACGUCUGGAGGGCCAAGUUUGGGAAUGCCUGUUCUAAGGGGUACUAUCUUGGCACCUAAAGUAGCACCUCUGCCUUUUCCUGGAAGGGAUAAUCUGUCUUUAACAGGUGUGACAGGAAGAAAUUCAGCAGGCAAAACCUUUUCCAGUAGAGGAAAAGCUGUUCUUGUGGCAACAUACCUGUUGCACUUCUGUCUAUCACAGAGUUCUUAUAGGCAAAUAAGCCCCCUCCCUAACCAAUUUUGCAGGAUGGGGAGCUUCUUGCAGUGUAAUAUGGGUGAAUAUGUGUGCUUUUUCUCAAAAAGUGAAGAGGGCAUUUUCACGUUAGAGUCAGGCUUUGAAUGAUAGUGCAUGUGGCAGCCAAACACUGACACAACACUCAAUUUCUAUUAAGUACAGUGUCACAUCUUCCAGCAUGGAAUAUGUUCAUUCUAAUUCCAAAAACAGACAAUUUCGCAGAUGGGUGAUAUUUGGUGUGGAGGGAAAUGUACUCUGCACAUGCUCAGAGGUACUUUUAUUAUUGUUCCUUAUGUUUCAGGUGUGAGCUGGGGCAUUUAAACAGGUGCCAGUUUUGAAUCCAGGGUAAAGCUCUGAUCAGCAGCACUGCUCUAUGCUAGGGUUGCCAGUUGCCAGAGAGGACAGAGCUCCUGCAUCUUUAACACCUCCUGAAAUUUCCUCUUCUGCACAAUUAUUAGAAAUUUUGGAAAGCCCUGUCCUCCCUACUGUAUCUGCAGGAGAGUCUCUGCUAGUCUCCCUUCUCUGAAGACAGUAAAAUGCAGCAAAAUGUGGCUGUAGAUGUGAACUGAAGAGAAUGUUACUUGUGAGGCAUGGUGACAUAAGAGGAGGCAGCAUGUGGCAAUCCAGGAGGUGUUGAUGUGCUGUCUUCUCCCUGAGGGUGGUGCCUAAUGCUUCCAUAAUGUGUUAGAAGGUAUAAAACUACCCGCAGUGAAGACUUUUAGAUUUAGGGGAGCUAGUCUCAAACGUUUGUUGGGGGAGACCUAGGUUUUUUGGUGGGGGGAGUUAUUUGUCCUGUCUUCACGCUUUUUAUGAUGGAGGACCGCUGUAGCCACCCCCAACGACACGUUCUCAAGAUGGAGGGGGAGGGAACAGCUGCAGUUGCCUGCGGUUCCUGCGCAAUGUUUGCCAUCUUGCCAAAGGUUGCAGGCAGCUUUACCUGCAGCAAUUGCAUGUUGAUUGCCCUCUUAAAAGACAAAGUCCAGCAACUGGAGGAACGUGUAGCUACGCUCCAAAGAAUUAGAGAGCUGGAGCUCUUCUUGGAAGCAACAGAGCACACCGUCUCCACCAAGGAGGAGACAGGGGACUCCCCUGAGAAGGAGGCUAGUUCACCAACACAGGAGCCAGAUAUAUGGAGAAACGUGACUCAAAGAAGUAGGAGGCCCAGGGUUCCCUCUGAUUGUUUAGAAAUACACAAUCGCUUUGAGGUCCUCUCCCUAGCAUGGAAGACGAAGAGCAGACUCCAUUUGAGGAUCUCUCCUCAUUACAGUCGAUCAGGUAUAUGAAGACGAGCAGCAAAGUCAGUCCUCAGGGAAUGUGCAGGCGACCUUGGAACGGACAGCUCACGGAAGAACCCCGACCAAACCUAAGAGGAGGCGUGUAGUGGUGAUAGGGGAUUCCCUACUGAGGGGAACAGAAGCAGUGAUCUGUGGGCCUGACAAGAUGUCUCGGGAAGUGUGCUGCCCCCCGGGGCUAAGAUCCAAGAUGUAACUGAACGACUGCAAGGAAUCAUAAAACCCACUGACAAAUACCCCUUCCUCUUGGUUCAUGUGGGAACCAAUGACACUGCAAGCAAUAGCCUCCAGAAGAUCAAAAGAGACUACGAGGCUCUGGGCAGGAAAUUGAAGCAAUUAAAUGCACAAAUUGUCAUCUCAUCUGUCCUCCCAGUUGAACGACGUGGCCCAGGGAGAGAGGGAAAAAUAGUGGAAGUGAACAGCUGGCUUCGCAAAUGGUGUAAACAGGAACGGUUUGGAUUCUUAGAUCACGGACUGCAGUUUCUUGAAGAUGGACUUCUGGCAAGCGAUGGGCUGCACCUCACAACGGUUGGAAGGAAUGUUUUUGCCAAAAAUCUCAGAAACCUCAUCAGGAGGGCUUUAAACUGACAGUGCUCCUGAAGGUAGGGGUCUAUCAAUUGAUGAAGAUGAUCAUCCAAAUGUCAUAGACCAAAUGGAGCAAACAGCACGCAGACCUAGUGGUGGGAGGAAAAAAAUCCUUAAAUAAGAGUCACGGGGGAAUGAUUAAUGGACUUCAAUUUCUGUACACUAAUGCGCAAAGCAUGGGAAAUAAACAAGAUGAGCUUGAGCUCUUGGUACAGCAAACUAAAUAUGACAUAAUAGGCAUCACUGAAAGCUGGUGGGAUAAGUCCCACAAUUGGAAUGUAACAAUGGAGGGAUACAAUCUAUUUCAGAGAAACAGACCAGACAAGAAAGGAGGAGGAGUGGCGUUAUAUGUCAGGGAUGUGUAUACCUGUGAAGAGAUCCAAGAUUUAGAACCUCAAAGCCAAAGUGAGAGCAUUUGGGUCAAAAUUAAGGGAGAGAAGAAUAACAGUGACCUCAUUGUGGGAGUUUACUAUAGAUCCCCAAGUCAAACGGAGGACAUAGAUGAUGCCUUCCUGGAACAGAUGGCCAAGCAUGCAAAAGGAAGGGAGAUAGUAGUAAUGGGGGACUUCAAUUACCCGGAUAUUUGUUGGAUGUCAAACUCAGCCAAGAGCAUAAGGUCAAACAGAUUCCUCACUGGCCUUGCAGACAACUUCAUUGUCCAGAAAGUGGGAGAAGCAACAAGCGGAACAGCCAUUUUAGAUCUGGUCCUAACCAAUGUUGAUGACCUGGUUAGUGGGGUAGAAGUGGAAGGCGCGAGUGAUCAUGCUCUUCUGAAGAAGGGUGGCUUCCAGCUCCCAGGAGUUGGUUACAGUUUCGCCCUAGAGGGAGACUGUGAAGUGGAAGGAUCAUUAGGCGGGAGUGAUCAUGCUCUUCUGAAGUUUCCUAUACAGCGGAAAGGAGCAGCCAAGCAUACUAGGACUCAAUUUCUUGACUUUAAGAAAGCCGACUUCAUAAAACUUAGGGAAGUGCUGGGUGAGUCCCCAUGGACAGUAAUACUAAAAGGAAAGGGAGUUCAUGAUGGCUGGGAGUUUGUUAAGAGGGAGAUAGUAAAAGCACAACGUCAGGCAAUACCAAUGAGACGGAAACAUGGAAGGUGCCUAAAAAGCCAGGGUGGCUAUCUAAAGAACUUUUAACUGAAUUAAGAUUAAAAAAGGAUGUGUACAAAAAAUGGAAAGGGGGGGGAAACCACCAAAGAGGAAUUCAAACAAAUAGCCAGCACGUGUAGACACAAAGUCAGAAAAGCUAAAGCACAGAAUGAACUCAGGUUUGCUAGAGAGGUUAAAAGCAACAAAAAAGGCUUUUAUGGGUAUGUUCGUAGCAAAAGGAAGAACAAAGAAACAGUGGGGUCACUCAGAGGAGAAGAUGGUGAAAUGCAAACAGGGGACACAGAAAGGGCUGAACUCCUCAAUGCCUUCUUUGCCUCAGUCUUCUCCGAUAAAGAAAACAAUGCCCGACCUGAAGAAUUCGGAGCAAAUGAUUCAGCAGAGGAAACACAGCCCAAAAUAACUAAGGAGAUAGUACAAGAAUACUUGGCUAGUUUAGAUGUAUUCAAGUCUCCAGGGCCAGAUGAACUGCAUCCAAGAGUAUUAAAAGAAGUGGCAGAUGUGAUCUCAGAACCACUGGCAGUCAUCUUUGAGAAUUCCUGGAGAACAGGCGAAGUCCCGGCAGACUGGAGGAGGGCAAAUGUUGUCCCUAUUUUCAAAAAGGGGAAAAGAGAGGACCCAAAUAAUUACCGCCCAGUCAGUCUGACAUCAAUACCAGGGAAGAUUCUGGAGCAGAUCAUUAAGCAAACAGUCUGUGAGCACCUAGAAAGGAAUGCUGUGAUCACCAAUAGUCAGCAUGGAUUUCUGAAAAAUAAGUCAUGUCAGACUAACCUGAUCUCGUUUUUUGACAGAAUUACAAGCCUGGUAGAUGAAGGGAACGCAGUGGAUGUAGCCUACCUUGAUUUCAGGAAGGCAUUUGACAAGGUGCCCCAUGAUAUUCUUGUAAAGAAGCUGGUAAAAUGUGGUCUUGACUAUGCUACCACUCAGUGGAUUUGUAACUGGCUGACUGACCGAACCCAAAGGUUGCUCAUCAAUGGUUCCUCUUCAUCCUGGAGAAGAGUGACUAGUGGGGUGCCACAGGGUUCUGUCUUGGGCCCGGUCUUAUUCAACAUCUUUAUCAACGACUUGGAUGAUGGACUCAAGGGCAUCCUGAUCAAAUUUGCAGAUGACACCAAAUUGGAAGGGGUGGCUAACACCCCAGAGGACAGGAUCACACUUCAAAACGACCUUGACAGAUUAGAGAACUGGGCCAAAACAAACAAGAUGAAUUUUAACAGGGAGAAAUGUAAAGUAUUGCACUUGGGCAAAAAAAUGAGAGGCACAAAUACAAGAUGGGUGACACCUGGCUUGAGAGCAGUACAUGUGAAAAGGAUCUAGGAGUCUUGGUUGACCACAAACUUGACAUGAGCCAACAGUGUGACGCAGCAGCUAAAAAAGCCAAUGCAAUUCUGGGCUGCAUCAAUAGGAGUAUGGCAUCUAGAUCAAGGGAAGUAAUAGUGCCACUGUAUUCUGCUCUGGUCAGACCUCACCUGGAGUACUGUGUCCAGUUCUGGGCACCACAGUUCAAGAAGGACACUGACAAACUGGAACGUGUCCAGAGGAGGGCAACCAAAAUGGUCAAAGGCCUGGAAACGAUGCCUUAUGAGGAACGGCUAAGGGAGCUGGGCAUGUUUAGCCUGGAGAAGAGGAGGUUAAGGGGUGAUAUGAUAGCCAUGUUCCAAUAUAGAAAAGGAUGUCACAUAGAGGAGGGAGAAAGGUUGUUUUCUGCUGCUCCAGAGAAGCGGACACGGAGCAAUGGAUCCAAACUACAAGAAAGAAGAUUCCACCUCAACAUUAGGAAGAACUUCCUGACAGUAAGAGCUGUUUGACAGUGGAAUUUGCUGCCAAGGAGUGUGGUGGAGUCUCCUUCUUUGGAGGUCUUUAAGCAGAGGCUUGACAACCAUAUGUCAGGAGUGCUCUGAUGGUGUUUCCUGCUUGGCAGGGGGUUGGACUCAAUGGCCCUUGUGGUCUCUUCCAACUCUAUGAUUCUAUUCUAUGACUCUUUAGAGCAGGAGAAUGGAUUGCAAUUUGAUAAUGGAGUCUAGGUUAGAGGGUAGGGUUGCCAACUGACCUGACCUGCUUCUCUGCCUUUAAAAGCAGAUUGAUCCGGAGGAAAUGGUAGGCCUUGCAAUUCAUAACAUGGAGCUAAACAUCACUGCUGGCUAAUGCCUCACGUUAAGCUGCUCUUUGACUGUGUAAUUACCGUGGCAGUUUGAAAAGCUGGCAGCUCCAGUUGAGACAGCAUAUUGAAAAAAAUGUUAUAGUGACUGUCUUGACGUCUUUGCUGAAGGGAGAAAAUGUAAUGAAGAUGGACAAGGGUAGGCUACAACAUCUUGUUUCAUUGCAUGGGAUUGUUGCUUGCAGUUGUCACACAGAUAAAGCAUCACAGAACAUUGUUAUAUUUAGAGGUGGGGCUUGGACAAUUCAGAGAGGUGGUGCUCUGUAUUUCAGGAGAGUUCUUCUUCAAAGGCAACCCAUUCAAUUAAGCAGAACUACAUGGUAAAAACUUUUUCUGGACUGUACCACAUUACACUGCAGCUGGGUUGUGUGUGUGUGUGUGUGUGUGUGUGUGUCUUUUGAAUGCACCCCUGUUAAAAGAAACCAGGCUCUCUGCAGGGGUUAAACUGAACAGUUAUAAGAGGGUGGUUUUCCAUGUGCAGGGAGGUUCACCCAGGGAGAGAUCAUGCAGACAUUUGACCCCAUCUGUAUCUUGAAGUGCUGCAGUCCUGGAAAUGCACCACUUGAUUCUGCAGGUGUGAAGUGUUGUGGAGGUUGUGCUUUGCCAAUGUGUUCCACCUGGAGUCGCCAGGUGUUUUGGGGCUCAGUGGGCAGAGCCUGGAAAUGAAAGGGUGGUCCUGGCAGUUCAGGUUGUACCUGGAGCUUCAGGUGUGGAAACUGAUGGGCAUAGAGCAAAUAAACGAAAGCUCUCCAGCCAAGCAAAAAAUGCCACGUCCCCUCGAUUCUGGCCCCCCUCUCUCUGCUGCUUUCCUCCUUCCCUUGGAGAGCCUGAGAAGAAGAUUUGAAUCUGCAGGUUCAGAUCCACCCCUGAGACCCAGCAGACAGUCACAUAGCACUUGGCUUCUUCCCCACAAAAUACUGGGAAAUGUAAUGUGCCAAGGGGAGCUGGGAAUUGUAGCUCUGUGAGGGGUAAACUACACUUCCCUGCUUUGGGGGAAGCCAUGUGCUCUGACUGCAUGCUCUCAAUGUGACACUAGUCCUGUUGAUGUGGGGGGCAGUUCCUCUGCAAAAAGAAGCUUCCUCAGAUUUGUAAGUUUGGGUAACAGAUGCUUCACCUCAAGAGGACACCCGUCUAUCUAUAUGUCUAAAUGCACCAUCUCCUUCCUGGAUGGGAUGGAUUUCUGGCCAGGAUGUGGGGAAUUAGUGGAGCACCGAGAUGUGCUCCUCCGUUGUGUGGGCAGCAGGCACACCAAGGUGCAGCAGAGCAGAGAGGAAAUCUGGUUUGCAGCAAUGCAGAGACAAGGUCCAGUCUACGGCAAAGCAGAUCAGUGCUAGCACGGUGGAUUUGAGUACCCGUACAAGACUGCAGGGACAAUGUGGUGCAUUGCAGAGGGCAAUGGUUUUAGCAAGCGCAAGUCAGAAGCAAAAGGCAGCUAUAUUAUCAGGUUUUGUGCAGUAAAACUCUAUCAUGGUAGAUGCUGAGAGAGUUGCUUUGCAGUCUUAUUCCUCCUCUGAUUUUGCUGCAGAAUUGCAAGGAGCAAGAUGUGCAUCCAAUGACUAUUUCAUGAUAAGCAGUGCUGCUUGUUAGCAGUGUAGAAUGCAGUGCCCUGCAGUAAGAAAUAAAUUUUCUUAUCAGAGAACUAGGAGCUGUUAGCUAAAAUGAAUUUUACAGGCGCAACCAGAAAUUCUUGCUUUGUGAACAUCUGUUGGAACAGGUGUAUAACAAGCCAGGGAGGGAAAGAACAAAGCAGAAGGCUGGAGAAGGUGUGGUGAGCAUUUUCACUGUUUUCCUAUUUUCAUUUGUACUAUUGUGAUCAUCAUCAUUGCCUUUUAAACAACCAUCUUAAGGUGAUACAUGAGAAAUAUUUAUUUAUUUUUAAACCACCCUUCACCCAUAGAUCACAACAUAAAAAUGCAAUAUAAAACCACAAAUUACAUAAUAAAAACAAGAACAACCCCCCAAACCAAAAAAACCCUUCACCACACCCUCACAAACACAUUUUAAAAAGGUAUAAGAUAUUAAUCGAUGGGACGCGGGUGGCGCUGUGGGUUAAGCCACAGAGCCUAGGGCUUGCCGAUCAGAAGGUCGGCGGUUCAAAUCCCCGCGACGGGGUGAGCUCCCGUUGCUCGGUCCCUGCUCCUGCCAACCUAGCAGUUCGAAAGCAUGUCAAAAUGCAAGUAGAUAAAUAGGUACCGCUCUGGCGGGAAGGUAAAUGGUGUUUCCGUGCGCUACUUUGGUUCUCCAGAAGCAGCUUAGUCCUGCUGGCCACAUGACCCAGAAGCUGUACGCCGGCUCCCUCAGCCAGUAAAGCGAGAUGAGCGCCGCAACCCCAGAGUCAUCCACGACUGGACCUAAUGGUCAGGGGUCCCUUUACCUUUAAGAUAUUAAUCAGCCAAAGGCCUGGUUGAAGAGGAAUAUUUUCAUCUGGCUCCUAAAGGUACAUAAUGAAGACGUCAGCUGAACCUCCCUGGGGAGAACAUUCCACAAAUGGGGGCCACCGCAGAAAAGGCCCCUUCUCAUGUUGCUCCUCUUGUGGAGGAGGUGCAGGAAGAAGGGCCUCAGAGGAUGAUCUCAGGGUCUGGGUCAGUUCAUAUGGGGAGAGGCGGUCCUUGAGGUAUUGCAGUCCUGAGCCGUUUAGGGCUUUAUAGGUCAAAACCAGCACUUUGAAUUGGACCCAGAAACUACUUGGCAGCCAGUGCAGUCAGGCUAGGAUUGGUGAUGUAUAGAUAUGCUCUAACCAUCUUCCCCCAGUGGGCAACCUGGCCACCAAAUUCUGCACCAGCUGAAGUUUCUGAACCAUCUUCAAAAGGUUUUUAAAGAUUAUUAAAAGCAGUUAAUUUUAAAGUGCCCUUACAUCUUCUUCUUAAAGAAGCCCACUUUGUUCCUUUCAGUGAUAUGUGCAUGUGUGGCUACACUCUGCACAUGUUCAGAAACGCUCAGCCUGACAAACCAUUUUUUUUGAAAACUGAAGUGGGCAUUCAUUGGAAGACUAGGGCUACAUGGGUGUUGUCUGCACUUGGCCCUUGGGACUGGUCCUGCUUUCCCUCCUUCUUUAAUGGCUUUGCCUGCCUGGAAUAGAUCCUUGGAAGUCUGAUCAUGCAUUUUGCUUGCCCUGUGGGAGGACAGAAAGAUGUGUGGGUAGAAACCAGCCUACUGUACAAAGGUAAAAUUCACAUGACCUUCUCUUCCAACUUUUGCCUCCCAGAAUGGAAUGUGGCUCCCAGAAGAAAAUGUGGCCCUUGGGGUGAAAAGUCCGCUCACCUCUAGGCAACUAGUAAGCAUGUUCCAGUGUAGUUUUCCAUGCACAUUUAGCAGGCAAAUGUUGCUGUGUUGUUUGUCAGGCAUCAGAACAGACUCCAUCCACACAACUUGAGUUAGAGGCAGUGUGCAAUGGAAUGGCUGUAACCCAAGCAGCAUACAGUGGUCCUUCAGGUUACAGACGCUUCAGGUUAUACACUCCGCUAACCCAGAAAUAGUACCUCGGGUUAAGAACUUUGCUUCAGGAUGAGAACAGAAAUCACGCAGUGGCGGCAGCAGGAGGCCCCGUUAGCUAAAGUGGUGCUUCAAGUUAAGAACAGUUUCAGGUGAAGAACGGACCUCCGGAACGAAUUAAGUUCUUAACCCGAGGUACCACUGUACAAUCAUGGAAUUGUAGAAUUGGAAGGUACCCCCUGCAAUGCAGGAAUCUUUUUGCCCAAUGUGCAGCUUGACCACAUGACCCUGAGAUUAAGAAUCUACCAACUGAGCUGUACACAUUUUGGGGGCUUUUGAGGGUUUGAGUUGGAUAAUACAGAAUAGGAGCCUGUAAGAACAUGUUGCAGUCAUGCAGCAGAAGCUGGCCAUGUUGCAAUGCAGAUGAUAUGCGUGUUUGCAAGGUGACUGCUGCGCAGAAGAUGCAGCACUGUGUAACAAAGCAGUCUGCUAUGUUCUGUAAGUAAAUAGCAUCCUAUCCAGCAGGGCUUGCAUCCUGCAGCAGAAGAACAGGGUCCUGCCUCCUGGAGGGUAAACCCAAAAUUUCAAUGCAGGGCUUUGCAUAAAUUGAAGGCGUCAGGAAUGCAGUGCAGGCUACCAUAGGAUUUUGCAGUUUUCUUGAGGAGUCCGGAAACAGGUGAUUUGGAAUGGUGCAGGAUUUUGCAGCCUACCUGUGAAAUGCUUUUUCAGAAAGCUGUUGCCAUCUGCCCUCCUGAGAGGCCCAUUAACUUUCUAAAAACUGCAGCGAAAACAGCUCACGUCCCCUUGCUAGCUGUUUUCGCUGCAGUUUUUAGCAAGAGACUCUCCGUCGGGCAGAUUUCAGUAGCUUUCGGGGGGAGUGAUUCAUAAGUAGACUGAAAAAUCGUGAAGGGAGACGAGGUCGCGUUUUGUACAGAAAAGUGCAUCUACGGAAGAAACACGCAUCCGUAGCACCGCAGGCUGCAGUCUCCCGAAGGUUCACACGUUCUCUCUCCCCAAGCGCAGUUUUCCAUUGCUGCAGAGAGAUCGGGGAAGGGAAUGCGGAUUUAUUUAGCAGAGACAGCUGCACUCUUCGACACGCAGACUUUAGUUGCAAUGCGUACGUGUGUGUAUGCUUCCGUAUGGAUGAGUUUGGGGUGGUGGUGGUUGUUUUGCGAUGCGGAAAAGUCUGAGUUUUAGGAUGCAACCAUCGUUGGCCGGGGGAGAGAAAGGGAUUUUGGUGCAGAGUUCGAUGCUAAGAAGGGACCAUUGUGGUUCCAAGGCGGUGUGCUUUGCAAAUGCCCUGCCAGGCGUUCCUUUCCACCGAUUGCUGGCCUUUAGCUUGGGAGUUCUGCAGCCGCUCGGGCUCCAGAAUAGCUCGCGAGGGAGAUGGUCUCGCACCGCGGGGGGGGGGGGGAGGGGAGGAGGAAUAGGCUAGGCAGGAUCUUGGGAUCCGCAGAGAGGAAGCGCUUAGGCGCUCAGCUCCUCUCGCGGUGCGCACGGCUGAAGCAUCCUCGUCUCUCUCUCUCCUCCCUCUCUCCUCCGACUGAGUCAGGAGGUUGCGGGGGCGCCUCAGAGAUGUUCCAGCCACAGAAUGGAGCGGGGGAGAGAAAAACGGUCCGGGAUGGGAGACUGGAGGAGGGCACGCCGAAACAUCGCAGCCCGGUCGAGAGGGGUAAUCUCUCUCUGCCCCCUCCAAAUAGCCGCUCCUUUGCGCCUAGGGGAUCCCGGAAGGGGAGCGGGGCAUAGUUCACUUCGCUGCCCCACGACUCAGAGAAGCCUAGGGAACAAUUGUCAGAGUUCCCUGCAAAGAGGCUGUGAAAGCACUACGGGAGUUGUAACUCUCUGAGGGGAAUAGGGUGGGGUGGUCUCCCCACUCUCGUCGCUUCUAACACUACCGUCGCCAGGACACUCUGGCGGAAGCCCAGGCUGCUUAGAAAUGGUGUGGCGCUGCGGAUAAGAUAUAAAGACUUACUGGAAAAUAAAACCCCAAGGUGGCUGUCACCGAUGGAAGCGAAAGCUCUGAAAAAGCUCAAUAUGGAGGCCAAAUGGCCAAAAUAUUGGGAAAUUCUGGAACAAGAGGGAGACAGAUUGAAACUGCAGAGUUUUGAAAAACUAAAAAAUAAAGUGCGAGAUUGGCUUCAUUAUUAUCAGAUAAUGGAGGCAUAUAAUUUGGACAAGAAAAUUGGCUUCCAGGUGGAAAAAUCAAAAUUAGAAACAGAACUGUUAGAACCCAAAACGAAGAUUUUGUCAAAGAUGUAUAACUUGCUGUUGAAAUGGAAUACUCGGGAUGAAACGGUUAAAUCUGCUGUGAUUAAAUGGGCACAAGAUGUUGGACAUAACAUAAUGAUGGCUGACUGGGAACAGUUAUGGACCACAGGUAUGAAGUUUACGGCAUGCAAUGCCUUAAGAGAGAAUAUUAUGAAAAUGAUAUACAGGUGGUACAUGACACCAGUCAAGCUUGCAAAAAUCUAUCAUUUGCCCAAUAAUAAAUGUUGGAAAUGUAAAGAAACUGAAGGUACAUUCUUUCACCUUUGGUGGAUGUGCCCAAGGAUUAAGGCUUUCUGGGAGAUGAUUUAUAAUGAAAUGAAAAGGGUAUUUAAAUAUACCUUCUUGAAGAAACCAGAGGCCUUUCUCCUGGGCAUGGUCGGCCAAACGGUGUCAAAGAAGGACAGAAUUUUCUUUAUGUAUGCCACAACAACAGCAAGAAUACUUAUUGCAAAGUACUGGAAGACGCAAGAUCUACCCACCCUGGAAGAAUGGCAGAUGAAGGUGAUGGACUAUAUGGAAUUGGUGGAAAUGGCUGGUAGAAUCCGAGACCAGGGAGAAGAGUUGGUGGAAGAAGAUUGGAAGAAAUUUAAAGACUAUUUACAGAAAUACUGCAAAAUUAAUGAAUGUUAGAAUGAUGUCAGAAUGAAAUUAAGUGGUCUUGGCAACAAUGUUAUAAAGGUGUAUGUACAAAUGGAUUGUUAACAGAUGAGAAUUUAAAGUUAUAAUAUGUUAAGUUAAAGGAUUAAGAUAAAAACAAAGAGGGAAAGGAAUUGCUGAAUUAAUUAAUAGAACUGGAAUACAAAAAAGGGAGGUGUGAGGAAGUCAGGGAAGUAAGGAAAUGAAAUGUAAGUUAUGGAAAGAUCAAUGUGUUUUUCUUUUAAGUGUUUUUUAUCUUUUUUCUGUAUUUUGUAUUUUUUUUAUUUCUUUUCUUUUUCUUUUCUUUUUUACCUAUGUAAUUUUUUCUUUGAAACUUUAAUAAAUAUCAUUUUUUAAAAAAUGGUGUGGCGCAGCUUUAAACAUGCAGCGCGGAAGCAGAGCCAUAUCUGGGCUCCCUUGCGCCCUUGGCGAGGAGAUGUGGGGCGCACAGGCCGCUAGCCACGCCGAGCCAGAGUGGAGAGGGUUUUUUAUGCCCCCCCCAAGCCUGUGCCCUUGGUGGGGGCCCGCAUAGCCAACCCCUAGGUCUGCCCUGUGCGGAAGUUGGGAGAAAGGCGCAAAGGGUGCUGUGGGUGCAGGAGUCGGCUCUCUCCCUGUGAAGAGAAAAGGGCCUGGUGUUACGGGCGGGGCGGGGGAGAAGGGCAGGGGCACUUGAGAGUUGGCUCAGGCAGGUUUUUUUCUCCAGCAGUGCCCUGUGAUCUGGAAGGGGGGUGGCUCCUGGGUUGUCCCUGGCUCUAAUUGCAGAGUAGGGUGUUACUGAGCCAGAAAAAGGGGCAUUUAUCGGGGCAGAAUUCAGCCAGAAAGAGGGAGGUCAAAUAGGACUGACUGGAACAUGCCUCCCCCUGCAAAAAAGGGGGGUGGGAGGGAGCCCAGUGUGUCCCCUAGAAAGCAGCCCAGAAUCAUCUGCCGGGUGUCUGAGUCUAGUUGUAAAGGGAGGCAGUUUGAGAAUCUCUGGUCUCAUGAUUUGAGAGGAAGAAGGGUCAUGAGAUUCUCAGCCCAAUUCUGACAGGAAUGAUGCCUGGGCGUUUUGGUGGGCUACCUAUUCCCAAACUGGGAAGGCAAAGCUCGACUUGGUGAAUUGAGGGAGUCAGGGACUCCUAGGUUCUCCUCUAACUGUGCUGGAAAUAUGGGGUUUAGGGCAGGCUUUGCCAACAUGGUGCCCUCCAGGCAUUUGGGGCUAACCCCCCCACCUGCCAUAGCCAUGGGCAGCUGACUGGUGAGCAGCUGCAGUGCCAAACCACUGCAAGUGGGCAAAGGUUGGUCUGCGGGGCUGGAAUGAGCAGAGGGUGGGGAGACCAUUCAUUCUGACCCAGAGCUGCACAACCGUUGCUGAAGAUCCCUGGGGAUGACAAGUUCCAGUAGCAUUGUCAGGGAAUGCUUUCAGGUGCGCUUAUGCUUGGACGAUGCGCAAGCCCCUCUGCUGGGUCCUGGCUUUCCCCUUCUAAGCUGUGUGUCUGCAGCUGGGCUCCCUCGCUGCUGCUGCUGCUGCUGCUGCUGCGUCUUUCAGUUUGCACCGUCCUGUCCCUGCUGGGCGUUUGGUUGCUGAGAGGAGACUGAGCUGUAAACGGAGGGGAAAGCUUCUUAUUUUUAGCUGCUGUGUGUCUAGACUCCCUCAGAGCUGGAAGCAGAAUUCCAAAGGUCUUGCUGCCCUGCCUGCCUACCCUGCCCAUUUCCCACGAACCUGAAUGUUUGUGUGUGCGCACGAGGGGGCGCCAUAUUACAAGAACUGGAUUUGCUGAAAGGGGAUUAGAAUGGGCUGCAAAAUGGACCCCAAGCCCUGGCCCUGACCAGCUGUGAUUGUGCCUGUGGGUUAACUGCUUUUGAAGCCAUUGAUGGCCUCAAUAGGAGGCCAGGAGAGACAAAAGGAAAUAUUGCUUCACAGAACAUGUAACUAGCCUGUGGAAUUCAUUGCCACUAGGUGUGGUGGAUUUCACUACCACAAGCCUCUAGGUUAGGUGGCUGUAAAAUAAGAUUUAACAGAGUCCUGGUUUUAAAAUAUGCACACUGCAAAGUCCUGUGGUACCUUAAAGACCAACCCAUUAUAGCAUCAGUUUUUGUGGACUAAAGGACACCACCAGUGGAUUUAGUCACCCAAGCUGAUGAGAACAUGAUGAGAGUCCAGCACCCUCUUCUCACAGUGGCCAGCCAGGUGCCUGUGCGAAGCCUGCCAGCAGGACUUGAGUUCUCUCCUGACAUUCAAUUCUCAGCAGCUGGUAUACAGCGGUGGACUGGCUCUGACUGUGAGGGUAGAAAAUAGCCUUUGUGGCUCUUCGUGAUUCCAUAUUAAAGACAUUUGUGAUGGCUAACUCUGGAAACAGUGGCAAUGGAAGGUCCGUCGGUGGCUGUUUGCCUUGAUGGCUGCAUGGACCUUCCAUGUACACAGGCAGUCAAUCAGGGAAUGAACCUCCGUUUCAUGCAUUGUUUGUGAAAGUCCAGUGGCAUCGCUGACUGCUUUUGGAAACAGAAGGGUUGUGUGGCUCCCGUGCGCUUCUGUGCGGCUUGUGUGAAUGUCCUGGUGGAUUCAUGAGCCCCAUGUUAAUGAGUGGAAGGCGGACCACCAUUUUAAAAUUACUAUUAUUAUCAUUAGAUUUAUUAUCCACCAGCAGGCCCCAGGUCGCAGCAGUAUUAGAACACAUUAUUAGAAUCAGCUUGAAACAAAUUAUAACCAUGAAUAGAGUGGGUGCUAAAAAUAUAUGUACCUAGAGUGUCAAAUUUUGAUUUUCUGCUGCAGGCAGCAAAAUACCAAGAGUUGUGGGGAGAUUGGAGCCUGCCAUAAUUUGAACAACCACACUUUACACAGCAGUUCAAUAAAUAAAUAAAUAAACAACAGCAAUAUGGGAAGUGGGAGGAGGAAGGGAGAGUUUCAUUUCCCCAGGAACAAAAUACUGAGCUUUGAUGAUGUGACGUCCCCAUGCCAGGAGCGCUGCUGAGAGAGAAUAUGUCUGGUUCCUUGGUGACAGAUGACAAAGUACUGCACAUUUAGUGCACCCAACCAUCUUUACAUUCUGGAAGGCCUUGAUGCGUUUUGGAAGAGAUGGAGGCCGUGUUCCAUAGGUUUCUUUGGGUGGGAACCGAUCUCGAAGAUAGAGGGAUUCUGUUUUAAAUGUCAGUAAUACAAUAAAGCAGCGCAGAGCAGUCAGGAAUGAUUGUGCUCAGAAAAGAUGCUGACCAAGGCUGGAAUAUUCUUUAACAGCAGAUAGCCACACACAUUCAUGCUCCAUCCUUGCUCAAAUUCAGUUUCCAGGGUCAGGAUUGUACUAAGCCGUCCUGUCAGCACAAGGAUUACCACUGGGCAGCAGGAUUUCCCCUUCCCUUCCAGCUGUGUGUGCCUUGAAUCCACUCCAGAUCCGCUCUAGAGGGUUGGAGGGAACCCCUAGACUAGAUUUAGGCUGUGUGAAGGGGGCGGGGCUUCCAUUGUGCUGCAGAAAUCCUUUUGCUGACAGAACUACUUCACAUUGCAUAUCACCCCAGGACUUCUGUUCCCUCCAGUUCAAGGCAGGGAGAAACCUGUGGUUCUGCAGAGGCUUUUGGUCUCCAGCCUCCGCCAUCCCAGACCAUUGGGCAUGCUGACUGAUGGGAGUUGGGGAUCUAGCAGCAUCUGGAGGACCACAGGGGCCCCACCUCUGAGGAAGUGGGUCUUGUGCUUUGAAUUGGAUUGAUACUUUUUGGCUUCAUAGGCCUAGCUCGGAUCCAGCCCUGUUGUACUGUGGCUGUGGUGUGGUCAUGCAGACAAGAUUAGAAUUGUAGAAUCGUAGAGUUGGAAGGGACCAUGAGGAUUGUCUAGUCCAACCCGUGGGGCUCGAACCCACGACCCCAAGACUAAGAAUCAUAGAAUCAUAGAAUCAUAGAGUUGGAAGAGACCACAAGGGCCAUCGAGUCCAACCCCCUGCCAAGCAGGAAACACCAUCAGAGCACUCCUGACAUAUGGUUGUCAAGCCUCUGCUUAAAGACCUCCAAAGAAGGAGACUCCACCACACUCCUUGGCAGAAAAUUCCACUGUCGAACAGCUCUUACAGUGGAAGAGUCUCCUGCUCUACCAGCUGAGCUAAAUGUGGCGCUUUGCUUACUGCCAGAGACAUUAACAAUGCCUUUCUUCUUCUAGGGCAAAAUAUUUCAAGGGGAAGAAGCUUCAUGGGGAGAUGGACAUCAAAGUUGAGCAGGUAAGCCAGUGUCCAGUGUGGGGGACUCAAGAGCCAAAAGCCUUAUGGGCUCAGGCUGGAACCUAGUGAGGACUCUCCACAGUCCACACUCUCCACAGGCUCUGACAAGAAUAGGGAUGUGCACCAUCUUGGCACCUGGGACCAGCAGGCGGAGUGGAGCGGUUGACUUGGCUUUGCUUGCUAUCAUUGGCCUGGGCUUGGCUAACAGGAUGGUGUAUUCUGUUUGCUGUGGUUGCAGCUCCUCCAUCUUGAGCUGGAAAGCACAUUUGUCUAGACCCAGAAGCAGCACCCACCUUUGGGUACCUAUGGCAGCCCUCGACUUGCAGCCUGGUCCACUGCUGGCCCCUGCUCUACCAGCCCCACCCCAGCUGGUGCUUCAGUCAGUGAUGGGUGGCUCGGUCCGGGAGCUGCCAUUUUAAAUCUCCACAAUGUCCUCAAGGUAGCAUCUUUUUGUGGCAUUGUGGGAAAUAUAAAUAGCUGCCUCUUUUUGUUGCAGCUGAUCCAGAGCACUCCUUGGGGCCAACCAAGGGUGCCAACGUGAAUAAUAUAUGGGUGGGCCAGCUAAGCCCCACCCUGCAUAAUUGUUCACGUGAUGUGCACACACAUCGUUUGAAUGGCAAUGCACAUCAAAUUUGGGCCUCCCCCAGCUCCCUAUGGGGCCAACUGAUCUAAGAGCAGAACUCCUCAAACCUGUGGUCCUGUUUGUGACCCCAGACUGACACUAGUCGCCUGCAUGCACAUCGCCAAAAUUUGUCACUGAGGAAGCUCACAUUUUAAACCCUGAAGACACCAUGUGUGUCUGCAGUUGGCAAUAGGUGAGCACGCUGCCCGUUUAUGAAAGAAGCUCCGGCCUCAUCCUGACCCUCUCUGUCCUCCCUGGGGGAGGCAAAGUUGCCGUUCAUUGUUCACUCUCUUCCCCCCGGCCUGAGGCUGAGCCCAGGGCAAGGUCCUGAGGCGGCUUUUGUGGCUGAGCCACUGGCGCAAACCUCUGCCUGACUCAGAAAUAAUGGACGCAACAACCACAGUGAGAGCAGGAAGUGAAACUCAGGGCUGAUGGUUUAGGUCAGCAGUUUCCAAGAAGUCUGACUUUCUGAGAAUCCUUUUAACAUCACUUUGUCUCCCCCUUUUUUAUUUCAAAGGGGAAACAAACAAGCAGACUCACACAUACAAAAACACACAACAUGCAACGGAAAGCAGACCUAUGUAAACCCCUAUAAGAAAAGUGUUCAGCUCAAACAAUUGUGCAUCAUAUUCUGAAUCUCUUCUGAAGAUUGAUAGAUGCAUUGGCAUUUAAUUGUUGGUUUGUCGUUGGAGGAACCUCUGUGCAUUAUGGUGAAGUCUGUUGUGUUUUGGGUGCACACUGAGUUCAUGCAGGGCAGUUGCUUAGGUCUUGGUUUACCCAUGUGAACUGAGAAUGAGCCUUGCAAUGGGGGAGGCAGAAUUCAGGCUGGUUGGAGCUGCUUUCUUCUUUUACUUGAACCCCAAAGUCUACCGACCUUGUGCAAAAUGCACAUACACCAUUUAUUCAUUAAUUUUAUUUAUUCUUAAAUUUGCACACCACCCUAUACCUACACAUUUCAGAGCAGUUACAACAUAAAAUCACAAUAUAAAAACAAUACUUAAUAAAAACAAAAACAACACGAUUAACCUCCCCCUCCCCAACAUAUUUUUAAAAGGUGUUGGAUGUCAAUCAGCUCAAGCCCUGGUUAAAAAUGGGCUUCUUUUAACUGCUGCGAUGUGAAAUUGUGCUUUUCCCCCUUGGACCAGGCAUGAUUUUUUUUUAGCUAAUACCCAGGGCAGUCUUUAGCAGAUGCGGCACAGGGGUGCAAAUAUCCGCCCAGCGCCCCCAAAUUACCACAGAUAGUGGGGGGAUGGCGAAGCUGCACACUGCCAGCCAUCGGGAGGGCAACUCUCCCCCAUGCCACUGCGGGAGAGCAAUAUGGCAGCUGGUGGGUGUGCAGGGAAAGCGGAGGCUGCUGGCAAAGCCACGCAGCUCCCCCACUUCCUGGGGCACCCCUGAGAGGCUGGUGCCCUGGCGCGACAGCUGGGCAUGUUUAGCCUGGAGAAGAGGAGAUUAAGGGGUGAUAGGAUAGCCAUGUUCAAAUAUAUAAAAGGAUGUCACAUAGAGGAGGGAGAAAGGUUGUUUUCUGCUGCUCCAGAGAAGCGGACACGGAGCAAUGGAUCCAAACUACAAGAAAGAAGAUUCCACCUCAACAUUAGGAAGAACUUCCUGACAGUAAGAGCUGUUUGACAGUGGAAUUUGCUGCCAAGGAGUGUGGUGGAGUCUCCUUCUUUGGAGGUCUUUAAACAGAGGCUUGACAACCAUAUGUCAGGAGUGCUCUGAUGGUGUUUCCUGCUUGGCAGGGGGUUGGACUCGAUGGCCCUUGUGGUCUCUUCCAACUCUAUGAUUCUAUGAUUCACUAAGCCCUAUGGGAAAGAUGGCUCUGCUACUACCAGUCCAAUGCCCUUGAGUGAGGGGUGUGGUAGCUUUUUGGUUCUAUAUAUUCUGUUGUAGCUGCACUGGAUGAGUGUACACAGAAAGGCAGUCUAAAAACAUUUAUAAAUAAAUAAAAUUCCUGAUCUUGUUACUGAAGAGAUUCUUGAAAGGACCACGGGGUUUCCUGGGACUUAAGUCAGCACACGAAACCAUUCCAGUUGCGAACCUGCGAACUGUCCUGCCUAUGUCCUUCAGGCUUUCUGUGUAUCCCUGGAGUCAGGAGGGGGGCUGCUGACUGUACUGUGUGUGCUGCUUGGUCCAUGACUAGGUCUUGUGGGUGUCUCCUGCAGGCAGAGUUCUCCGAUCUCAACCUGGUGGCUCAUGCCAAUGGCAACUUCUCCGUUGACAUGGAGGUUAUACGCAACGGUGUUAAGGUAGUCAGGUAAGUGGCAGUGGCUGUCCUUCGGUGGCUCAUUCAGCUUGUUUUGACUCAGGUGCCCAAGUGUUUUCUCUGCUCAUGUUUCAAGGCACUUCCACACAGUGGGUAUUUUAGAGUGGGAUCCAAUCCCACACAGCAAAGAAAGGUUGGUGGUCUGUCAUCUAAUCUCCCUGCAAACAAUUCAGGAUGAAUGCUCCUUAAAUAUCGAAUGUCACCUAAUCUCCAUGUAAACAAAGCAGGAUGAAUGCUUAAAAAUCAGGUCAUCUGGAAGCUCCCUUGGAAGCGCUUUCCUUUCUAAGAUGAGGCAAACGUGUAUCUUGAGCUUUUCUGUGCGCACACCUUGAUCUACCCACACGUACUUGUUAUCCCUGAGAAAUGUAAAUAACAGGAUAUAUUUAUCCGAAAGUCUUCAAACUUACACGACCCUUUAAAAAUUAGCUGAUGAAGGUGAAUACAUCAAAACAGGGCCUGUCCUGGUUUCUGAUCCAUCAUUGACUUCUGACUUCUGCUCUAUGCUUGAAACUGAGUCUCCAUCUGCAAGCUGAUAAAUUAUAAGGAUCAACAUUAUUGUCGAGUGAAAAAGAGAAAAUCUUUGUCACGAAUUAUUGUGUUAUACAUAUCUUUAUGAGUUUGAGUUUGUAAUCUCUGUUAGAGUUUGUAAUCUCUAUUUGAGUUUGUAAUCCUUGUCAGAAUACAUACUUUUGAAUUGAUUAGUUUUUGUUACUAUUGACUAUUGAUUGAGGGACCACUCCCACUAUUGAAACUUGCAUUGGCCUGAGUUCUUGGUGUGCUUUUUUCUUGGUACAUUUAAUAACAAGAACUCCAACUUAUUUAAGGUUGGGAGUUCUGCAAUGACAAAGUUCAAAAGAUGUGCAUUCAGCUCCCUUUGUUGGCAAUCUGUUCUGGAGAUACACUGCAGUGCAUACUGCGUCUGCCCACAACUUAUGAGGUAGGGAUGGACCUGAACUUCCUCUCAGCUAUGGAGUUCUGUUGUGGCGCAUCAGGAAUUGUGGUUACAUGCUCAAUUCCUUCCUUCGCUAGGAGAGAUUGCAUGUCAUUUGAACAAUAUUCACCCCCAUUGUCAGUCAUUAGCAUAGCUGGAGCUCUCUGGAAUUUGUUCUUCACCAUUGCAAGUUAGUCCUUGAACAUUUCCAGCAUUUCACUCUUUUCCUUGCUGAAAUAACACUGCACAAUACUUUGAAAAAUCAUCAAGAAAUAUUGGUAUGUACCUGUUCUUCCCCACUGAGGGAACAUUCAUAGGUCCACAUAAGUCACUGUAGACUAUGUCAAGCACUUUGUUGCUUCUCUGCUCGGUCCAAGGAGGAAAUGAAAGUUUAACUUAUACAUUUUGUUGGUGUUGUGUUGCUCUUUGUUACGUGCAGUCCCCUUGCAAGCUCUUUUCUGUAGAUCCAGAAUGGUGUUGGUGUCUCUGUGUCCAAGUCUUCUGUGCCACAGCUCCAGGUCCGCCUCAUGCUUAUGGUUUGAGUGUGCCACCUUAGCAGACUGCUGCUCUGAAAGAUCAACCUCAUAUAUGCCAUUUAUUAGCUUGGCUUGAACAAACACUUCACCAUUCUUAGUCACAUUACAUUCUCCAUUACCAAACGUUAUUUGAAAACAUUUUCUGUCCAAACUGGACACACUAAGCAUAUUAAAACUCAGUUGUGGAACAUAUAAAACUUUUUCCACAAUAGUAUCCAUUGCUUCAUUGUUUAUAUUACAUUUCAAAGUUACAGAACCUGCACCUUGAGGUUUAACAACAUUGCCACCUGCAAUUUCAAUAUGAGAUUUAACAAUAUCAUUAAUAUCAGUAAAAUAGUCCUUUUUAUAUCCAAAAUGUGAAGAAGCUCCAGAGUCAACAAUCCAUUUGUUUGAUUUAUUUUCACGUCUCUGAACAGUUAAACUCUUUUCUUGCAAAAGUAAGGUGUGUUCACAUUUCCCCUUCUUUUCUUUUUCUUGUUUGGAUCCUUACAGUUCCUUGCAAUGUGGCCCUCUUUGUUAUACUUAAAGCACACAACCUUCUUGGGUGUGUCUUUGGCCUUUGUAAACUGUCUAGACGCAUAAUUAGUGUCUUUACUCCUCACAUUUUGGGCUGGAGACUCUGCUCUUGCUUUGCAUUCCUGUCUCAAAUAUGCAGUCAGAUCUUUAAAAGUUAAACCUUCUUUAUAAUCAAGCAAAUACAUCAAAUUUGGAUCCUAAUGAUGCUAGGAAGAAAGAAGUCUUCAUAUCUUCACUGAGUGGACUUUCCGUGAGUUGAAUCUUUUGUACUAUAGCAGUAAACUCAUUUAUAUGCUUUGAGAAUUCUACUUUAUGGUUCAUCCUCAGUUUAAAAAGCUCACGCAACAGCAUCCUAUGAGAGCAUUUCAUGGUAUCUCCAUACUGUGGGAAUGUUCAGGGAUGCAGGAAAGGAUAUAUUGUCUGAUUAUAUCCUUAUCCAACUUGUGUUAACAAGUUCCACAAUUUCAGCAGAGUAACAUUCCCUUCUUUUAAAUUUGCAGCGGCUACAUUUGCUCAGGCUCGCUAAAGCCUCUAUAAUAACUGUUCUGGUAUUUCCCCUUAUUCCCUCAUAAAAUAUAAGAGACGACACAGUCUUUUACAAAAGUAUAAAAAGAGUUUACUCACAUUCUGUUCACAAUCAGAUCCCAGAAGGCAGACUUAGCUUAAUGAAGUAACAUACACUUGGAAUCUAUCUUAUAAGAAGACAGUCCCUUUGUCCUCUCUUGGCUGGAAGCCAAGAGGGCAUCUUUGGCUCAGUAGAUGUUGUUUCUUCGAUGCAUGUGGUGAAAGAGAGAGAGAGAUGGCUGCCCUGCCCUGUGCUUUUGUCGUUACCUGCACAGGUGAGGCCACACCCACCUCUAGUCACAUGCAGAGGAAGUCUGUCCCAGCCCAGAAGGAAACAGGAAGUUUACCUGCUGGCUGGACAAACAUUCCUCCCCAUGUGUAAACAUGUUCACUCUAGGAAGGUUGUACUUGACUGCUCUUGUGUUUCACAUCCCACACAUACAUGCGCUCUAAAUCAUUUAAAAUUUGAGACGCAUCAUCUCUGCAGUCAACCUGUGAUAACUGUUCAUCUUUAAGCCCAUCAAAAAUAAUAGUCUUGGCUUUGCUAUUUUGUAGCUUCCAUAAUCUAAUUUUUGCUAAGUCCUCUUCACUCGAGCCACUAGGCUUAGGAUCUCUUGAUUCUAGGAGUACUAUCAAAUGUUGCUUCCAGUGAACAAAACUAUGUUCAUUCAGCUUAGGCAUUCUUGGCCCUGCAUCUUCAUCAAAAACCACACUAGCCAUCUUAAAAAUCAAAAAUUUCAAAAAUAUUCAAAAUUUCAAAAAUUUGCCAAAAUUUCAAAAUUAAAAUCUCAAAAAUCUCAAAAGUAAAAACAGCUCUUUAUUGUCUUAGGUACUGUGAACUCCAAGGGGAGGAGGUGUGCUUAAUUCCCUCACACAAUGGAGCAAUAGACCAUGUUCUUACAAGGAAAUAGACAAAGAAAAAUACUCUUCAGCUUAGGAUCUCAAUCCUUUGCAAUCCUUCAAAAAUACGCAACACUGGGGCCAAUAACCCUUUGUGGGAAUGUUGUGGGUAACAGGAGAGGAUAUAUUGAUUAAUAUUAUCCUUCUUAACUCACGAUAGCAGAGUGCAUUCCCCCUUUACACAACAGGUAGCUGGUUGCAGAUUCGUUAGAAUCUCUUAAGUUCUUUUAUUCCUGGUAAGACCCCCUUUAUCCCUCCUAAAAGAAUAAAGACACCACAGUCUUUAUUCAUAAAUAACAAAAAUAAGUUUACUCAGGAUCAGGCAGAGCACAUUGUGAUCCUUGAAGGCAGGCUUACGGCUUGAGGUUACAAAUAAGUACAAAUAGGUUUACCCCAUAUGGGAGAUAACCCAGGGACUGGUGGCUGAGAGCAGCAGUGCAGUCCAGGUGAAGCAGGAAGCAGACAGGACGAAAAAGAGGGGAGGGAGGUAGCUACGUGACUUGGCCUUUUACCAGGUCUGGAAAGGUCACGCCCCCUACUGGUCACAUGCAAAGGAAGGAUGCUCCAGCCAGGUGUAACAGGAGGUUUGACUGGCUGGACCAACAUCCCCUGCAUGUGCACUCUAGCAAAACAAGUAAUGUUGUACUUGACUGCUCCAGUGGAUUACAUCCCACAGAAAGGAGAUAGGAGGGCUGUAGGAUAAAAGAGAAUCUGAGCUACCCAUUGUACUAGACAACACCAAUGUAUGGACUCAGCAGAUGCAUUCUGGUUGAUUUAGCCCUGGAAAAGGAUCUGUGGCUCCUUCAGUGGUCAAAGGAAAGCAAGCACAUGGUCCAAGAGAACACCUGGUCUCAUCUUUGAGAUGCAGCAGAUUAGAGAUUACAGACCUGGGAGCCGAGAUUCUGGGAUCCUGGUGUCUCUAGGAAGCAGGUCUUGUGAGCAAGGAUGGGGGGAGAGUGGUUUUCCUGGCCACCCUUGUUCUUCAUUAUCACGCUUCUCCUUCUUCUUCUUCUACUAGGAGCCUGAAGCCCGACUUUGUGCUGGUCCGUCAGCACGCCUUCAGCAUGGCCCGUGGAGGAGACCAUCGUGGCAUCGUGAUAGGACUGCAGUAUGCAGGAGUGCCCAGCGUCAACUCCCUGCAUUCUGUGUACAACUUUUGCGACAAGCCCUGGGUGGUGAGUGGGGGGAGCCGAUGUUUGGGGCAAGGACUGUGACUGUAGGCUUUGGACUAGGUGGUGACAACGAGUGGAGUGUUUAUUGGCAUACCCACAAGUUGAAGGACUAGGGGUGUGUACACACUCUAUCUUUAAAGCAUACUCUUCCCCUCACAGAAUUGUGGGCACUGUUGUUUACCCCUUAGAGAAUUAUAAUUAUCCAAAACCCUUAAUGAAUGAAGAAGCCCAGGAUUCCUGGAGGGACUGGAUGUGUUUUAAAUGUACUUUACAGGUAUCAUGUGUACACAGGGCUCAUUUGCUCAUUCUCUUCCCAUGGAACCAUCACUAAAUUAAAAAGAAAUUGACAUAAAGCUGAGACACUAAAACUUGAAUGGCCAGUGAAAACCAGUUAAAAGCCUUGGCUAAACAGGAGAAGUGUUAACUGGAGAAGUGGGCAACAGGCUUGGCAGGAUUCAAGCAGAGAGGCUGUUCUAGAGCAUAGAUGACACCAUUCUUGGAGGAUAAGGCUUCCGGGGCUAUUAGGCAUGAGGGUUAUAUUGCCUCCAGUACUGGAGGAACUAGGCCUCUAAAUCCCAGUGGGUGGAGAACCUGUGAGGAGAGUGCUGUGCUGUUCUGCUCCGCUUAUGCUUGCAGGAUUCCCAUGGGCUUCUGGCUGGUUGCUGUGGGAACUGGAUGUUGGACUAGAGGCACCUAAUCCUGCAGGGCUCUUCUUACGUUGCUGUAAGCUCACCAGAUCCAGGCAAGGAUAUGGCAGCCUGCCUCAGGCAUGGAGCAGCUAUUGGGGUGCCAUGGGCGCAAUGCCUGGUUGGCCACUGUGGGAGCAGGAUGGGAGAGGACCUCUUGGCCUGACCCAGCAGGCUUCUUCUUAUGUUCUCAUGUUCUUGCUUCAUAAAUAGAAGGGAAACAGAGCAGAAGGUCAUAAGAAGGAAGGCUAAGGUAAUGACCACCACUUUGAUUUUGGCCUGCAGCUGAUGGGCAGCUGGUGCUGCUAUGCCCAAAGGGGACUUCUGGUGGUGGCUGGGCAGCAGCAUCCUGCGUCAAGUGGAGUUUCGAAUGUCUGCCUGUGAAGGCAGCAGCAGCUCCCAGAGGGGAAAAGGGGUUCAAGGAAGCAAUAGAGGCAAAUGGGAGAGUUAGAACACAAGCGAGCCGAGAACAGAUUUAGAAGGUCUCUUUCUUGUUCUGUCUCUUACCUGUGGUGUCCUCCUGACAGUUUGCCCAGAUGGUUCGCCUCUUUCGCAAACUUGGACCGGAAGAAUUCCCACUCAUUGACCAGACCUUCUACCCCAAUCACAAGGAGAUGGUAAGUUGGGCUGGAGUGUGGUGGGAGGGCUAGAGAUACCAUAUUUCUUCUUCCUUUUUUGUGCUAGAUCAGUGAUCAGAGAGGCUUGAAUACUAGAUUUGUAGAGUUGGAAGGGAUCCUGAGGGUCAUCUAGUCCAUCCCCCUACAAUGCCGUAAUCUCAACUAAAGCAUCCAUGACAGAUGGCCACCCAAAUUCUGCUUUAAAAUCUCCAGGGAAGGAGAGUCCACAACCCCCAGAGGGAGACCAUUCCACUGCCAAACAGCUCUUACUGUUCUUCCUAAUGUUUAGUUGGAAUCUCAUUUCUUGUAACUUGAAGCCAUUGGUUCGAGUCCUGCCUUCCAGAGCAGGAGAAAACAAGCUUGCUCCCUCUUCCAUGUGACAGCCCUUAAGAUAUUUGAAGAUGUCUAUCAUGUCUCCUCUCAGUCUCCUCUGUUCCAGGCUAAACAUACCCAGCUCCUUCAAGCACUCCUCAUAAGGCUUAGUUUCCAGACCCUGGUUCAUCCUGGUUGCCCUCCUCUGCACACGUUCCAGUUUGUCAACAUCCUUCUUAAAUUGUGCCAGAAUUGGACACUGGACUCCAGGUGUGGUCUGACCAAGACAGAAGUGAGUGGUACUAUGACUUCCCUUGAUCUGGACACUAUACUUCUGUUGAUGCAGCCAAGAAUAGCAUUAGCUUCUUUUGCUGCUGCAUCACCCUGUUGACUCAUGUUAAGCAUGUGGUCUACUAGGACCCCCAGAUCCUUUUCACAUGUACUGUUAGUAAGCCAGGUAUCCCCCAUCUUAUAUUUGUGCAUCUGGUUCUUCCUGCCUAAGUGCAGAACCUGACAUUUGUCCCUGUUGACAUUCAUUUUGAUGGUUUUGGCCCAUUGCUAUUUUCAAAUGGGGCUGUCAUGGGCUUAAAUGUUGGCUGGCUCUCAUUGUGCACUGGAUUUAAAUGACAUGGGGUGAGAUCCCACAGCUUUCAGAUUCAAAAUAUGUCACAUGCUUCCUUAUAUGGUAUUCCCAUGGACACACCUUGCUGGUCAAGAGACUGCGGCUAGGACUUUGAAUAAGGGCUUGGACUGGGGUUUCCCAACCCAUGGUUUGCAUUUGCUGUUACUGGAACUAGGGUCAUGACUGCUAGCCACAAUGGCUUUGUGCUACUCACACAGUCAGAGGUAGUACACACCUCUGAACACCAAAAGCUUCUCUUCUUUCUUGCUUUGCUUUGCUUCAGUCAUUCCUCUUUCCUUAGCAUCUGUAUCAUCAUCUAGCAACCCUCCCCCUUCCCAAUCGCCCUUUCCUUCUGUUUCCUCCUUGCCUUUAAAACAAUGAACUACAGAGCUGCAGACAGGGAGUUUUUAUUUUAAACUCUUCUUUCAACGCCUAGUAUAAUUGUUAGGCACAGUGGUGGUGCUGGUGGGGGGGGACGGACCUCCAAACAGUCCAUUGCUGUCAGCAGUUGCUCCAUCCCUUCCUCUUCAAGCUGAGCCACAAUCUGCAGGGAACAGUCCUCCACUGCCCAUGCUUGAGUGGCCUUAUUGCCUUUGUUUCCUCCUCCUCCUCCUCCUCCUCCUCCUCCUCCUCGGUUCUCUUGAGUUCACUGCAUGGUUGGAGAUGGAGGAGGGAGAAGGGCAAGCCCCUUAGCUACCUCUCCAGCAUUAGGAGCCGCAUUUGAACAGCUUGGAAGCUACAUGGGGCCAAUGAUUAAUAUUGAAAGCAGAUGCUUUGGCAGGGGGCAGCAUUUCAGGUUUAUGGGGAAGGGCCAGGAGUCAGAGGGCAGUUCCAGACUGUCACUAUCUUCUAGUGGGAUUCAAACACAUGAUGGCCAAUUCAGGUUGUGCAGUUAUGGUUGAUGGGGAGAUCUUGCGUGACAAGCCUACUCUCCCCAAAUACUGGGCUUUUUGCCUGAAGAAGUGACAGGGAAAUGCACUGAAAAGUGGUAUAACGUUUGCUUUGGUACAAACAACUCAUUCAAUAGCCAGGGUCAGCUCAUCUCCCUGCAAACAAAUGAGGCUGGAGGCUCAAUAAACAGGUCAUCUGGAAGGGCCUGCAGAAAAUGUCAAGGUGGGAAGGGCUCUACGGCUCAUUUUGAAGAAGAUUCUCUCCCUGACCACUGAAGAACAACAUCUACAACUUCUCCUGGCUCUACGCCUUUUGCAGAAAACGUUUUGGCUCUUCUGGUUUUUCUUCCAGAAAAAGAACUAG